AACUCGCUUAUCCGCGAUGAACUUUGGCGAACGUAACGUCGAAGCCGCCGUGAAAUUCCGGAAAGACCUUAGAGCACGGCGGGUUUCGAUUGACCUCUAGUAACAGGAUCAUCUGUCCUCGAAGAUACUUAACCCACAGCUAGCUAUGCGGAGCCGGUACGCUUUAUAGAGGCAUUCACACAUGACCACGAGCAGCUAGGGAGAUUGGUUCCACGCGCUGAGCUCCACGACGUUCUCUCGAACGACCUUUUGUCGAUGUUUUUCAGGAUGGCCGUUCGCAAAAAAUAAAUCUACCAGAAUCGAAGAAUAAAUCUUCCUACUUCGAACUUAAACCGCGUUAAACUGUGUCGCGAGCUUAAAAUGGUUAAGAACCACUGUUGCAGAGGCUUUCACACACGGGUCCGCGAGUCAGCGAUGGAGAUUGGUUCCAGGCGUUGAGCUCUCCGGAGUUCGCGCGCCGUUCGAGCGGCUCCGCGCGGUUCCAGGUCUGCCGUGGGAGUGAGCCCGAGCAGGUAGGAGCGAUUCGGUCGUUCCAGGUGCGAAAGAGAGAGGGAAGGUGCACCGCGAUCCGCGGGGCGAUGGGGGAAGGAAAGCCGCGAGAGCAGGAGUUCGUCGAAGGAAAAGGAGAGGGAGGGAGAGCCAGGGAAAAGAGAGAGGCAAGUCGACGAGAGAGCGAAGAGAAGGAUCGUCGACCAAUGAGACACCAGGCCGGCGAUGACGUCGCCGUUGUCUCACGUCGAAGUCUCACCAAAAGUCUUCGCCAGCCGCCAGUUCGUCCGCGGUCUCCCGGCUGGACGAGGAGUACGUCCUUUUCCACGACGUCUUCGCCGAGAGGUGGUUCAGUUUGUUUAUUUAUUUUUUCUUUCACGUUGUUGACCGACCAGCGAAACCAGCCAACAUUGGACUACGCAUACAAGGAGGCAUCGUGGCUGAAGGAGGCUGCUGUCAGCCAUGGGGACGGCCAAGAUGAAACAUCUUUGGCCGUUGGUGGCGUGGAUACUUCUAUCUCUGUGUCCAGCCGAAUCACUCAGGGGACUCGGCCGUGGAUCGAGGAGAGAAGUGUUCUUUCUGAACCUCGAAGACGGCUACUUCGGCUGCCAGGUGAACGAGUCGACGGACGUUCUGCAGCUCUUGGAGCUGUCCAAGCUGUGUGAUGGCAACGUCGACUGUUUCCAGGGCACGGACGAGCAACGCGACAAAUUGAAGUGCACAGAUGACUGUACAAAAGAGGACGGGACCAGAUGCUUCAACGGCGUUUGCUUGGAUUCCGUUUGUCAUUGCAACGACGGUUUUGGUGGUUGCAACUGUCAAGUGCCAGAUGAAAACGAGUGCAAGUACCGCCCCUGUGAUAUAUUCGCGCAUUGCACGAAUACCCUAGGUAGCUUUCAAUGUUCCUGUUUCCCUGGCUACCGAGGCGACGGCUUCUACUGCGAAGACAUCAACGAGUGCGAUAACCCAGCGUUCGCCGCGAGAUGCGUGGAGAACGCGGAGUGCUGCAACCUCCCGUCCAACUUCCUGUGUAAGUGCAAGUCGGGUUACAUUGGCGACGGUGAGGUGCACUGCGAGGACGUAAACGAAUGCACGGUGCCUGGUGCGUGCGCGGAUAAUUCCAUCUGCCACAACAUCCCUGGCAAUUAUACUUGCGCGUGUCAAGAUGGCUUCACGGGAGACCCUUACGAAAGCUGCGUCGACAUAAACGAAUGCGAAUACGCUGGUGCUUGCGGGAGGGAUGCCCUGUGCGUGAACUUGCCCGGUGGCCACAAGUGCGAGUGUCCCGAGGGCUUUAACGGCAAUCCCGAGGAAGAAUGCGUGGACAUCGACGAGUGCGCUCGCAGCCCUUGCGGUCGUUCAGCUCACUGCACAAACGUGCACGGCAGUUUCCGCUGCUCAUGCCCGGAAGGAAUGAGCGGCGAUCCUUGGACGGGCUGUCACGAUGUAAACGAGUGCGAGGACGGCGCACCGUGCUCGGCGGACGCCGAUUGCGUGAACACAGAGGGUAGUUUCGAGUGCAGAUGCCGGGGUGGCUAUCAGAUGGAUCUGAAUCGCAAUUGCGUGGACGUGAACGAGUGCAGUAGGCCAGACGCGUGCGCUGAGAACGCUAAAUGCAUCAACGUCCCGGGAUCGUACAAGUGCAUCUGCCCCCAGGGUUUCAUCGGUCAAGGGCUAACAUUGUGCGAAAACGUGAACGAAUGCGAGGCAAACCCUUGCGGCGAGAACGCCGAGUGCAGCGACACGAUCGGCAGUUUUGCGUGCAGCUGCAAAGCGGACUACACGGGCGACCCGUUUAAGGGAUGCAGCGAUAUCGACGAAUGCACGGCGUUGGACAAUCCUUGCGGAAGGUACGCCAUCUGCAAGAACACGGAUCCUGGAUACACAUGCGACUGUCCGCCGGGGUACAGUGCCAACCCUAGUCCGAAAGUUGCAUGCGACCAGACCGACGUGACCACUCUGUGCAAAUCGAACUUCGACUGCGUGAACAACGCCGAGUGCAUCGAAGGCCAGUGCUUCUGCAAGAACGGGUUCAAGGCCGUCGGGGCUGAAUGCGUGGAUCUCGACGAGUGUCUCUCCAAUCCCUGCGGACCGGCGUCUAUCUGUACCAACUCUAGAGGAAGCUACCAUUGCGAGUGCGAAUCCGGUUUCGUUGGAACCCCGCCACACAUUCCCUGCAAAGCACCAUGCGACGAAGUGACGUGCGGCGAGCACGCGUUCUGCAAAGCGGACGGCCACGAGGCUUACUGCAUAUGCGAAGAUGGCUGGACGUUCAAUCCCAACGACAUCGCGGCUGGUUGCGUUGAUAUAAACGAAUGCGACGCGGUAAACGGUCCUUCGGGACGCUGCGGCAAGAACGCGGUCUGCACGAACACCCUUGGCGGCUUUAGUUGCCAAUGCAAGCCCGGAUACUCUGGAAACGCCUUCAAGCAGUGCAUGGACGUGGACGAAUGCACGAGACACGACAUAUGCGGCCACGGUGCUACUUGCGCGAACACGGAGGGUUCUUACACGUGUACCUGUCCGGAAGGUACCAUACCGGAUCCUGAUCCAUCCAUCAAGUGCGUCGGUAUAGUUACUUGCGAGGUUGACGGCGAUUGUCCUGGAAAUGCCAUUUGCGACCCACAGAAACGCUGUCUGUGCCCUGAACCCAACGUUGGAAACGAUUGUAGACAUCCCUGCGAGGACCUGUCCUGCGGACCAAACGCUCACUGCAUGCUGUCCAACGACGUGGCGACGUGUCUCUGUCGCAACGGCUACACAGGAAAGCCUGGAGUGAAGGGCGGCUGCAGAGACAUCGACGAGUGCGUCAUCAAUCCGUGUCCUCAGGGCGCGAUUUGUAACAACGAGCCAGGCUCGUUCUCCUGUCAAUGUCCCAGCGGCACCACGGGAGAUCCUUACAACGGCGGAUGCCAAGAGUCGAAGGCCCCUCACGUCUGCGGGCCCAGCACCCCGUGUCCAGCUGGGGAACAGUGCAUCAAGGACGAGUUCGUCGGCAGCAGCGUAUGCAUCUGUCAACGGGGCUACACGCGCGACCACGAGACAGGCAAAUGCAGGGACAUCAACGAGUGCAUGGAGCUCAGGGAGAAGCCUGCGUGCGGGGUCAACGCCAUUUGCAAGAAUCUACCCGGUAGCUACGAGUGCCAGUGCCCGCCCGGGUUCAAUGGAAAUCCAUUCUCGCUAUGCGAAGAAUGCAACAGCAUCGAAUGCCAGUGUCAGCCACCGUACAAGAUCGUGAAAGGCAAGUGUAUGUUGGCUGGCUGCUCCAAGGGUGAGAAGUGUCCAAGCGGAGCCGAGUGUAUAACGAUAGCAGGCGGAGUCAGCUACUGUGCUUGUCCCAAGGGCUACACUACCAAGACCGAUGGUUCUUGCGAGGACAUAAACGAAUGCAUCGUUGGACACCAAGUCUGCGGCUACGGAGCCGAGUGCUUGAACCAACCAGGCUCCUACCAAUGCGUCUGUCCACACGGCUAUGGCGGCGAUCCCUACAAUGGUCUCUGCUCUCCAGCGCAGAAAAGGUGCACCAACGAUAACGAGUGCAGAGCGAACGAGAAGUGCGUGCAACCGGGUGAAUGCGUUUGCCCACCACCGUUUUACUCGGACGCUCUCGAUGGGAACCUUUGCAAGAACCCUUGCGAUCGGUUCCCUUGCGGAAUGAACGCUAAAUGUACACCGAGCGAUCCACCGAGGUGCAUGUGCGAGGCUGGCUACGAAGGAGAUCCACAGCACGGUUGCGUGGACGUCAACGAGUGCGCGAACAACCCAUGCGGACACGGCGCCUACUGUAUCAACACCAAAGGCGACCACGUCUGCGAGUGUCCCAGAGGAACCGUCGGCGAUCCCUACGGUGCUGGUUGUACAGGCGGUGUCGCGAAGAACGAGUGUACCUCCAACGACGACUGCGAUAACAUAUUCGCCUGCAUCGGCGGAAGGUGCGCGAAUCCGUGCGAUAACAUACCCUGUGGUCCAAACGCGUACUGCGAGCCCGACAAACACGCUGCUUGGUGUCGAUGCGUGAUCGGAUUCGUCGAGGGCAAGAACAACGAAUGCGUUUCGCAGUGCGAUGGCUUCGUCUGCGGCUCGGGAGCUCAGUGUAUCGUGAGCUACAGCGGGCCGACCUGCAAAUGCAUCGAGGGCUUCAUGGGCAAUCCGUUCCCUGGUGGACAAUGUCUACCCGACGUCUGUUCACCGGAAGUACCUUGCGCCGAGCCGAGCGUGUGCAUAAGUGGAAGGUGCAAGCGUCGCUGCGAGGGUAUAGUCUGCGGAGUAGGAGCCUCCUGCGACCCAGCCACCAACAAAUGCGUCUGCAACCCGUACUUCAUCGGGAACCCUGAUCUUCUUUGCAUGCCACCGAUACAACCUGCCAUCUGUAAUCCCGACUGCGGUACGAACGCCCACUGCGAGUACAGCCUGCAGGAGUCCAAGUGCGUCUGCAAUCCCGGAACAACUGGAAACCCGUACCUUGGCUGUGGCGUGCAGCAAAAGUCUGACUGCUCCACUGCAUCGUGCGGCAAAGACGCGCAUUGCAACGCUGGACCGAACGCCGUCGAGUGUCUGUGUCCUCCUGGAUACGCGGGGAAUCCGUACAUUCAAUGUUUCGAUAUCAACGAGUGCAACGGAAACGCAUGCGGCGGCAACGCAGUCUGCAUCAACACCAUCGGCAGCUACGACUGUCGCUGCAAGGACGGAUUCUUCGGCAAUCCUUUCAUCGGCUGCCAACAGGUGCAAAUAGGUCCGUGCACCGACCCUGCGAGUUGCACCUGCAGCGAGUCGGUGCCAUGUCCGUUCGACUACAGCUGCGUGCACGGCAAGUGUAUAAACCGUUGCAGCGACGUAAGAUGCGGUCCUCGAUCGGUCUGCCAAGACGGAGCCUGCGUCUGCCCGCCAGGCUACAGCGGGAAUCCCAACGACCUCAGCAAAGGAUGCCACCUGCACGGUCACUGCUCCAACGACCUGGACUGCGAGCCUCAGCAGAUCUGCUUUCAAGUCGGCAAAGGCGUUCGUAAAUGCGUGGACGCGUGCAGCAAACUGCAGUGCGGCCCCAACGCGCUCUGCGUCGCCCAACAUCACGUCUCCUCUUGCCUGUGCAUCGACGGGUACCAAGGCAAUCCUACCAACCUGGUGGAAGGCUGUCAGCCAUCCAAGUCCGUGUUAACACCCGGCUGUACUCACGACUCCGACUGCCAGGAGGGCGCGUUCUGCCUCGUUCUCGACAACGGAGCUCGCGAGUGCGUGAAUCCUUGCAGCAAAGUGGUCUGCGGCGCCCACCAGAAAUGCGAACCGGAUAUAAUCCCCGGUCACGCGACCUGCAAGUGUCAGGACGGAUACGAGUGGAACCCCAUACUAUCCUCCUGCGAGAAACCUUCUGUUCCAGACUGCAUUUCCGACGACGACUGCCAUACCACCGAGGCCUGCAGACCGGACGCCCUGGGCGUACUGAAAUGCGUACCCGUGUGCCGCAGCUUCACCUGCGCCGUUCAAUCUCAGUGCGUAGCUGAACGACAUCGUGGUCGCUGCGAGUGUCUGCCUGGAUUCGUCGGCAACCCUAACGAUCGCCAAGGUUGUCAAACGCCAAAGAAGGAUCACUGCUCCACCGACAGCGAGUGCCCAGAGGAUCAAACAUGCAGGAGCACGGAAGAGGGUUUGUUAACUUGUCAACCAGUCUGCAACUUUGUUUCCUGCGGACCCAACGCCCUCUGCGUCGUUCACAAUCACGUUGCUAACUGCGAGUGUCCACCUGGACUCUACGCUGGCGAUCCCAACGACGCUAUCAAAGGAUGCCGCACCGUUCCCUGCGUCUACAACAUCGACUGUCCACCUACUCAGCUCUGCAAUAGGCUCACUCACACCUGCUACGACGUCUGCGACGAGGACGCCUGCGGAACGAACGCUGUCUGCAUAGCCGACGACCACAGAGCGAUCUGCCAGUGUCCCCCUGGUCUUCGACCCAAUCCCGUGCCCGACGUGGAGUGCGUCGCCAUCGAAGCCUGCCAUCCUAAUCCUUGCCACGAGUCGGCGCUCUGCGUCCCGGGACCUUCGAACAACUACAUCUGUCAGUGUCCGGGAAAUUUCGUGGGCGAUCCUUAUUCCGCCGGUUGCCAACCGGAAGGAUAUUGUGCGAGCGGCAAGGACUGUCCUGCUCAUUCCAUUUGCCACAACCAUCGCUGCGUUAAUCCCUGCGAGGACACUUGCGGACCCAAUUCCAUUUGCGAAGUCAUCAAUGGACAACCGACUUGCAAGUGUAUUCACAACUUUGUGCCAUCUUCCAAGGGUCCACAGGACGGCUGCGUCCGCACGUUGAAUUACUGCACCGUUGACGCCGAUUGCGACGAAAGCGUAUGUCUCGAGGGACAGUGCAUAGCUGUUUGUCGAACGGCAACGGACUGCUCCGUUGGCGAGAAGUGUGUGAACAGCAGGUGCACCGUUCCAUGCGUCUCCCAUAGUCAAUGCCAACUCGAUCAGGCUUGCGUGAACGGAGGAUGCGUCCUGGGAUGUCGAAGCAACAAGAACUGCCCCACUACGCAGUCUUGUAUUAACAAUAAAUGCCAAGAUCCAUGCAGUAGGAAAGACGUCUGCGGUCCAAACGCUAUCUGCAGUUGCACCAAUCACGCGACAAUCUGUACCUGUCCGCUUGGCUUCCAUGGAAACCCAACGCCCCAACAGGGCUGCGUCAGAGUACCGAAUAUAUGCGACGGUGCUCAGGACUGCCCAAGUCAGCACGUGUGCGUUUCCGGAUUCUGUCAGUGUCAAUGCAGCGAGCAGAACAACUGUGCCGAUGGAGAACGCUGCAAGAACGGCAUAUGCGUUAAGAUCUGUUACAGUGACAGCAACUGUUUGCCCGGCGAACUAUGCAUCGACGGACUGUGCGAGGUAGGCUGCACUUCCGAUGCAGGCUGCAAGGUCAACGAAGUGUGCAUCAACAAUAAAUGCAGAUGUAGCCACGGAUUCAUCGCAGGACCGGAACAUUGCCUAGACAUCAACGAGUGCGACGAUCAGCCUUGCCAUUCGAGCGGAGAGUGCGUGAAUCUUCACGGAUCCUAUCGCUGCGUCUGUCCUCAGGGAACCGCCGGGGAUCCUGUGGGAUCAGGUUGCGUGAUACCUCAUCAGUGUACCGUGAACACGGAUUGCCCCGAUUCCCAGGCUUGCAUCCAACACAAUUGCACCGAUCCUUGCUCCUUGGGCGACUGUGGAUCGAACACAAUUUGUUCUGCCGUGGAUCAUUCGGCAGUCUGUCAGUGUCAACCUGGAUACAUCGGCGACGCUUCGGGAUGCUUCAGAGUGGAGUGCCUAUCCAACAACGACUGUCCCACGGACAAGUAUUGCAACCAGGACACCAACAAGUGCAGCAGUCCAUGCAAUCAAGUGAACUGUGGAUACGGCAAUUGCGUAGCUUUAGACCACGCAAGCGUGUGCAAAUGUUAUCCUGGUUUUCUUCUGGCAGGCGACAUUUGCGCCGACGUCAACGAGUGCCUGGAAAAUCCUUGUCAUUCCACCGCGGUUUGCCAAAACACGGAAGGCUCGUACACUUGCGUCUGUCCGCAUGGUUUGGUGGGAGAUCCUGUGAAAUCUGGCUGCAAGCAACCUGGCGACUGUUUCACGGACUCCGACUGUCCGAUCUCUGCCGCUUGCAUAGACAACACGUGCAGGAAUCCUUGCGAUGUAUCUGUUAUUUGCGGCAGGAACGCCGAGUGUUUCGUUCAAGGGCACGUUCCGCUUUGCAGGUGUCCCGGCCAGACCACUGGGAACCCAUCGUCCGAGUGCAUUCACUUGGAGUGCAACUACCACAGCGAUUGCAGUCCAUCGGAUGCAUGCUUCGAUCACAAGUGCGUCGAUCCUUGUUCCCUCUCGAACGUCUGCGGUCAGGGGGCCGAUUGCUCUCCGUUGAACCACAGCGCAGUGUGCACAUGUCAACCAGGUGGUACAGGUGAUCCAAAUCUAGGAUGCACACCUGUCCAGUACUGCAAGUCUGACUCCCAGUGCGCGACUGGGUCAGCUUGCAACGGUGGAAUAUGCACAGCGCUCUGUGGCAGCACAAGGGACUGCAUCGGCGAUCAGCUUUGCAUCAAUGGACUCUGUCAACCCACCUGUAAGACCAACUCCAGUUGCCCCGAGUACCAGUACUGUCUGAACAACAUCUGCGUCCAAGAACUGCGUUGUAUAUCCGACGACGAUUGCUCUUACGACGAGAGGUGCAUCAAGAACAACAUCGGGCAGGCGGAGUGUCGCAAGGCUUGCGACUUGGUCCUAUGCGGACGCAACGCUGAAUGCAGGGCGACCAACCACGUCGCGGUGUGCUCUUGCGAACGUGGAUUCUUCGGGAACCCCAAGGACGACAAGAUCGGUUGCCAGCCUAUCGAAUGCGAGAACAACGACGACUGUAGCGAGGAGAAAAUUUGCGACACCCACAAGUGCAGAAUCGCCUGUUUGGCCCACAAUCCUUGCGGCGUUAACGCUAUUUGCACGACGGAGAGACACGUUCAGGUAUGCACGUGUCAGCCGGGAUACACAGGAGAACCGACCCACGGAUGUCAGCUGAUCGAUUAUUGUUCGAACGAACCUUGCGCUCCUGGAGCUCUCUGCGAGAACUCCAGAGGCUCGUACAAGUGCCACUGUCAACAAGGCAUGGUCGGGGAUCCCUACAACAGCGGCUGUCAACCGCCUGUCGAGUGUCUUUUAGACGACGACUGUCCACAAUCUGCCAAGUGCAUAAACAUCAACAAUGUACCAAAGUGUUUCGAUGUAUGCUCGCGAACGCAAUGCGGACCAAACGCUGACUGCGUUGCUGCCAAUCACGCUGCAACGUGUCAGUGCAGGUCCGAUUACGAGGGCGAUCCAAACAAUUUGAGCGUGGGCUGUCGACCGAAACCAAUCGCUUGUUCGUCAGCCGUGGACUGCUCGUCCACUACCUACUGCUACGAGGGAAUCUGUCGACCGUCCUGCCAAUCGGACGAGGAAUGCAAUCUAUCGAACGUGUGCUUGAAUGCACAAUGCCUGGAUCCUUGCGACAUCCGAGCCGCGUGCGGAAUAAACGCCGACUGCAACGUGAGGAGUCACAUUAAACAGUGCAGCUGCCCACCUGGCUUUACUGGCAAUUCGGAAGUGGAAUGCGUGAGGCUGCCCGUGUCCUGCAGAGACAGCAUCGACUGCAGCGAAGGCAACACCUGCCGCGACAACGUCUGCCUUCCGAUAUGCGCCAGCGACAACGAGUGCGCCUUCAACGAGAAAUGCGUCCGCGGUAACUGUCUGCUCACCUGCAGACUAGACAACGACUGUUUCCUCGGUCACAUAUGCCUGCACAACAUGUGCACGUUCGGUUGUCGCGCCGACGAAGACUGCAACGCGAAUCAGGCCUGCAUCACCAACAAAUGCAUCGAUCCAUGCGAGGCAAUGCCUUGCGGACCGAACGCCAAGUGCACCGUGUUCAAUCAACGCGCCACCUGUUCGUGCCCCGCGGGAUUCAUACCGAAUCCGACCGCGAAGGUGGCUUGCCUGAGAUCGCCGGGGGUGGGAUGCCAAGCGAACAGGGAUUGCGGGGUUGGAACGGCUUGCAUCGGAGGCGUUUGCACGCCCGUUUGCUCGACGGACUUGAACUGUCUGAGCAACGAGCGCUGCGACUCGUCGGGCAUCUGCAAGUCGCUGUGCAGGAGGGACGAGGACUGCAGAAGCGGGGAGAUCUGCGAGGGACUCGUCUGCGCGAUCGGAUGCCGCGCGGAUGUCGAGUGCCUAGAGAAUUACGCUUGCUCGAACAACCAGUGCCAAGAUCCAUGCUCGUUACCCGACGCCUGCGGAGCAAACGCGAGGUGCUCCGUCGUGAAUCAUCAGAAGUUAUGCGCCUGUCCCGCGCCGCUAGCCGGAGACCCUCUAAUUGGAUGCAAACAGGCGUUCCUUCCCUGCGCGACGGAACUGGACUGCCCAACUGGUCAAACUUGUUACGGGAGAUCCUGUUACGCGGCGUGUAGGAGCGACGCUAAUUGCCUGAGCGACGAGCGGUGCGACGGUGGUAUUUGCAAAGCGAUAUGCAACAGCGACGAUCAUUGCUCGGCGAAUCAGAUAUGCCUGAACAGGCUGUGCGACAUUGGCUGUCGCAGCGACAACACGUGCCCUAACGACGAAUCCUGCUUGAACAAUAAAUGCAGAAAUCCUUGCGAAGGCGGCAAGGCUUGCGGGGAAUGCGCUGGUUGUCGCGUGGUGAACCACGUCGCGCAAUGCAGUUGCCCAGCUAAUUACUAUGGCAACGCGUUGAUCACCUGCGUCAAGUCUAUGAUACCUUGCGACGGGUCCUGCGAGUGCGACGAGAUCGGCUUCUGCACGAAGAGCUGCUACAACCAGGACCAGUGUUCCUGCGGAGAAGUCUGUCACGGUGGGAAAUGUCGCGUCAAGUGCGACAUCAACAAUACCUGUCCAAAGGGCUACGUUUGUGACGGAGGACUUUGCUUGAUCGGUUGCCGCACUCAUUCCGACUGUCCGUCAUCUUUAUCUUGCAUAAGCAACCAGUGCGAGGAUCCAUGCUCCGCGAAUGGCUCUCCCUGCGGGAUCAACGCUCUCUGUCGCGUAUCGAACCACCGCGCGGUGUGCCUCUGCCCAGAGGGCUUCCAGGGCGAACCGAGUCAAGAGUGCUACCAACUUGAGUGCCAUCGAGACGACGACUGCGAGGCGAACAAGCGUUGCAGCGAGGACGGAGUUUGCACGAAUCCUUGCCUGCAACACGGUGUCUGCGGCUUCAACGCCCAGUGCAGAGUGGUGAACAGAAAGGCCCAAUGCUCCUGCCCACCUGGACACUAUGGCAAUCCUAAGAUCAACUGCAAGAAAGGAGGAGAUCAGUGCCUGAGAAGACCUUGCGGCGUGAACGCCAAGUGCAGGGAGACCCUGAACGGAUUCGAGUGCACGUGCGAUCCUGGAUGCAACGGAGACCCGCAUCAGGCUUGCAUAUGCGACGGUGGUGAGCUCUGCAAGGACACUCAUUGCGGACUGAACGCUGCCUGCCGUAUAUACAACAAUCAGCCACAGUGUUACUGUCCGCCGAACUUCCCGUUCGGCGAUCCAAUGCUUGGUUGUAGCGUGGACAGGAGUCUAGGCGACUGUCGUACGAACGGUUGCGGGAAGGGCGCCGAAUGCAUAAGGGAUGGCACGAUAUUCGUCUGUCGGUGUCCACCCGGUACCAGCGGUUCGCCGGAUAUCGCGUGUACCACAGAGCGCGAAUGCACCAGUGACCUAGAGUGCCCCAAUGAAAAAGCCUGCAUAAACCUGCAAUGCGUGGACCCGUGCGGUCUGCGCGGCGCCUGUGGGAUCAACGCUCUCUGUCGUGUGGUUCUCCACAAGCCGCGGUGCUCUUGUCCGCAGUGCUAUAUCGGUAUGCCCCGCACGGCCUGUCAUUCAGAUCCCAAAUGCGACACGCUCAAUCCCAGACCUCCACCGAGCAUCGGUUGCUCAUCCGACUACGACUGCCCGGAGAGUCUUGCCUGUCACUCGCGUACCGGCGAGUGCCGCGACCCGUGCUUGAGCUCGCGGUACGCCUGCGAGGUGAACAAACGAUGCCAGGUGAGGAAUCACAGGCCCACGUGCGUGUGCAAAUACGGUUUCGUGGUGAACGAGAUCGGAGAACUGACAUGCGCCCCCGACACGUUGACGUGCACGAGGGACUUCGACUGUCCGUCGAACGCCGCCUGCGUGAACGGGAAAUGCCAGAAUCCGUGUAACGUCCGUAAGAAAAAGCCGUGCCCGGCCGAUAAAACCUGCGACGUCCUGGACCACCGUCCCGUCUGCAUAUGCACACAAAACUGCAAUCCCUCCCUCUCCAUUUGCCUGCGAGACAGUGGCUGCUCUCCAGACUUGGCGUGCCGCAACUAUCGCUGCGUGGACCCAUGCAGAAACUCCACCUGUCCGGCUGAUGCCCCCUGUUACGUGGAGGAGCACAAGCCUAUCUGCAAGUUCUGUCCCCCCGGCUUUGUGCCAGAUACUAAAUACGGAUGCAUGGAAGAUACCAAAUGCACCACUCACGACGACUGUCUUUCCCAAUUGGCCUGUAUAAACCAGCAGUGCUUGAACCCGUGCACCAUCGAGAAUCCAUGCGACUUCGUCGAAGUCUGCCACGUUCAGGAUCACAGACCAGUUUGCGUGAAAGACGUAUCCAACGACACUUGCCCCUACUGUCCAGCUGGAAUGCAAUGCGAUUCAACGACGAACACAUGCGUGAAAGCGGGUUGCGCUAGCGACAAAGAUUGUCCGCUGACCACUGCGUGCAUCGCGGCAACAUGCCAGGAACCGUGCCUGGUGCGGAAUCCGUGCGUCAGGAACGCGGUCUGCAUGAACACCAAUCACCGAGCGGAGUGUAGCUGCGACGACGGCUACCACGGGAACGGCUUCCUCUACUGCGCUCUGGAGGACGAAGGCAAGAACAUUUGCCACUACAACGAGGAUUGUCCACCGAGCAAAUACUGCGAUCGCCUCAACAGACGAUGCAUCGACCCUUGUCUGGAGACCGACUGCGGCGACAACGCGAGCUGUCUGCCCGUGAACCACCAAGCCCAGUGCAAGUGUCUGCCAGGGUACGAAGGCAAUCCUCUCAUCGGAUGUACCAAAUUGUCCUCCGACCCUUGCGUUCCAAAUCCCUGCGGCUUGGACGCAAUGUGCGAGAACGACAAUGGCAAUCCGAUCUGCUUCUGUCCCAAAGGUCUGACAGGGAACCCGUUCGAGCAGUGCAUUCCAGACGGCGACAUGUGCCAAGGCAACCCCUGCGGAGCCAACUCUGGUUGCCGCGUGGUAUCAGGGAACGUGAGAUGUUUCUGUCUGCCAGGAUACGAGGGAAGCCCUCCUCAAGCUCCGUGCACGCUUCCAAACAGCCCUUGCGAGCCGUCUCCCUGCGGACCCAACACCCAAUGCACGGUCUUGGCCAAUGGCCUGUCGAAAUGUACUUGCUUGCCUGGAUACAUCGAGACUCCCAACACGAUCAGAGGAUGCGCGCCCAAGACGGACCAAUGCGAUCCCAAUCCUUGCGGGCUCGGUGCUAAAUGUGACGCGAACAGAGUGCCAGCUUGCUACUGUCCUGAGCAGACGCUUGGAAAUCCUUAUCAGAGCUGUGCAGCACCACCAACCAACGUGCACGAUCCUUGCUUACUGAUCCCCUGCGGAAAGAACGCCAUCUGCAUCGUCGAAAACGGGGUUGCAAAGUGCAAGUGCGUUCCACCGUACAUUGGCAAUCCGUACAUAGACGGCUGCGAAGCUGAGUGCUUCGUGAAUCAGGACUGCGACAGUCGACUGGCGUGCUUCAAUCAGCACUGCAGGGACCCUUGCCCUGGCGUUUGCGGUACCAAUGCAAAAUGCGAGGUGGACGAUCACGUUCCCGUCUGUUCUUGUUUGACUGGAUACACCGGGGAUCCAUUCAUCUCCUGUAAAAUUGAAAAGUCUCCUCUUCCUGGACAGAAUCCUUGCAUGCCAUCGCCAUGCGGACCUCACAGCAUCUGCCGCGUGAUGAACGACCGUGCAGUCUGUUCGUGUAGUCCCGGGUACCACGGUACACCACCUUCCUGUCGUCCAGAGUGUCUGGUCAGCUCGGAGUGCCCUGUCCACCUGGCCUGCAUCGGCCAAAAGUGCGGCGAUCCUUGUUCCAGCGUGUGCGGUCAGAACGCUCUGUGUCAGGUGAUCAGUCACAACCCCGUGUGCAGUUGUCCUCCCGAGUACACAGGCGAUCCACUCACGCACUGCUUCAAGGAAGUCCUACCGCCGCCAGGACCCAAGAAUCCUUGCGUGCCCGCGCCCUGUGGACCGAACGCUGAUUGUCGCGUGCAGGAGGAUCACCCUGUUUGCACGUGCAUCAGUGGAAUGUUCGGUGCGCCACCGAAUUGCAGACCGGAGUGCUUGAUUCACCAAGACUGUCCCAACUAUCUCGCUUGCGUCCAGAAGAAGUGCGUGGAUCCUUGCGCCGGGUCCUGUGGAUUCAACACCAACUGUACCGUACAGAACCAUCGGCCCAUGUGCCAAUGUUACCAGGACUACGAAGGGGAUCCUUUCUCUGGAUGUAACAAAGUUACCUUCCCAGUGCCAUUGCCUUGCGAUCCAUCCCCAUGCGGUGCGAACGCGGUCUGCAAGGAACGCAACGGAGCUGGCUCCUGCAGCUGUUUACCCGAUUAUACCGGGGAUCCUUACGCGGGAUGCAGACCGGAAUGCGUUCAGAACUCUGACUGUGUUCACACGAAGGCUUGCAUAAACAACAAGUGCAAAGACCCGUGCGUGGGCGCGUGCGGCAUAAACGCUCAGUGCCAAGUGAUCAACCAUCAACCUUCGUGCAGUUGUCUGUCUGGUUACACCGGGGAUCCCCUACAGUCCUGUCACGUGCCACCUGUCACACCGGUACCAGGCGACCCAUGUCAACCUUCUCCCUGCGGUCCGUACAGCAACUGUCGCGUGAUCGACAACCAUGCAGUCUGCUCCUGUCAGCCAGACUACGUUGGCAGUCCACCACAGUGUCGUCCAGAAUGCGUGGUCAGCACUGACUGCGCCCAGAACACGGCUUGCAUCACUCAGAAGUGUAGAGAUCCGUGCGUGGGCACUUGCGGCCAGAACGCCGACUGCCAGGUCAUCAACCACAAUCCAGUCUGCAGUUGCAAGUCUGGAUACACCGGUGAUCCCUUCUUCGGAUGCGUAAAAGAACCGGAAAGUAAACAGCCUGGAGGCGACUCGAGUGGCAACCCAUGCAUCCCAUCGCCGUGCGGACCAAACUCCCAGUGUCGCGUGAUAGACGGCUUCCCUGCAUGUUCCUGUCUACCCAAUUACGUGGGCAGGGCACCGAAUUGUCGUCCAGAGUGCGUCAUCAACGAGGGUUGCCCUGGCAAUCUCGCCUGUCAGAACGAACAGUGCGUGGAUCCUUGUCCAGGUUCCUGCGGCGUCAACACCUUCUGCAACGUUGUCAAGCACAAUCCCGUUUGCAUAUGCAACCCUGGCUACACUGGCGAUCCAUUCACCGAGUGCUCGCCUAUAAUGGAAGAACCAACCACAACGGAACAACCUCGGACACCGUGCAACCCGUCACCCUGCGGUGCGAACGCGAUCUGCAACGAACGAAACGGCGCUGGAUCUUGCACGUGCUUGCCGGAAUACAUCGGUGACCCGUACACAGGUUGCAGGCCCGAAUGCGUCACGAACGCUGACUGCGAACGCGACAGAGCCUGCCUGAACAACAAAUGCGUGAAUCCUUGUCCUGGUACCUGCGGUCAGGGAGCCACCUGUCGAGUUGUCAAUCACACUCCAUCCUGCUCGUGCCUGCCUGGUUACACGGGAGAUCCGUUCAACGUUUGCACAGGAAGAGAAGCAGGACCCGAACCCUUACCUGAAAAUCCUUGCGAGCCCUCGCCGUGCGGACCCAACAGCAACUGCCGUGUCCACAACGAGCACGCGGUGUGCUUGUGUCAACCAGGAUUCGUUGGAAUACCACCCACUUGUCGUCCAGAAUGUAUCGUCAGCUCGGAGUGUCCUCAGAACAAAGCUUGCAUCGAGAACAAGUGCGCGGAUCCUUGUCCGGGCUCCUGCGGCGUGAACACCAAGUGUCUGACCGUGAACCAUAAUCCCAUUUGCACUUGUGCCGCGGGUUACACGGGCAAUCCACUCGUUCACUGUACGAGGUUCAACGUCACCCAACCACCAUCGGGCACCGAUAAUCCUUGCUCUCCCAACCCUUGCGGACCGAAUUCUCAGUGCAGGGUGAUCGGUUCUCAGCCUGCCUGCUCCUGUCUGUUGAACUUUAUCGGACGUCCUCCGAACUGCAGGCCUGAAUGCACCGAUGACUCCGACUGCUUCCACUCGGCGGCAUGCGUGGAACAGAGGUGCAAGAAUCCUUGUCCAGGUGCUUGCGGCGAGUUGGCGAGGUGCACCGUUCAAAAUCACGUACCGAUUUGCACUUGUCCCGAGGGCUACGAAGGAGAUGCUUCCGUGCGCUGCGUAUUGGCGCCUCCUCCGACGACCGACCAAAGCGUGGCUAACCCAUGUUCGCCGAAUCCUUGCGGACCGAACGCGCAGUGCCGCGAGAGGAACGGUGCUGGAGCGUGUGCCUGUCCACCAGACCUCAUCGGAGACCCGUACGAUAACGAGAGGGGAUGUCACAGAGAAUGCGAGUCGAACAACGACUGUGCUCCACAACUGGCUUGCGUUGGGUUCAAGUGUUCCGAUCCUUGCCCGAGCACCUGCGGUGUGCUGUCCGUUUGCAAUGUCCAGCAACACGUCCCAGUGUGUGUCUGUCCUCCUGGAUAUACCGGAGACCCGUACUUUGCUUGCGAGAUUCAAGAAAUGACCAGUGUGUCCCCGUUGGACCCGUGUUCGCCAUCGCCUUGCGGCCCCAACAGCAAGUGUCGCGAAGUGAAUGGCCAGGCAGUGUGCACGUGUCUCCCAGAGUACAGAGGAAUCUCGCCAAACUGCAGACCAGAAUGCGUGGUAAACGCAGAGUGUCCUGCUCACCUCACCUGCCUGAACAAGAAGUGCGCGGAUCCAUGCCCGAACACCUGCGGAUUGAGGGCGCAGUGCACCACCAAAAACCACAAUCCAAUUUGCACGUGCUCCGUAGGCUUCACCGGUGAUCCUUUCACUCUGUGUUCACCCAUUUUUUACAAUGACACCCUCGCCACGGAACGGCCACCAUCUUGUACUCCGUCGCCUUGCGGUCCAAACUCUCUCUGCCAGAUUAUAUCGGGAAACCCAGCGUGUUCAUGUCUACCAACUUACAUCGGCGUUCCUCCGGAGUGCAGGCCAGAGUGCAUCUUGAGCUCCGAGUGCAAGAGUCAUCUAGGGUGCGUGAAUCAGAGAUGUCAGGAUCCCUGUCCAGGCUCGUGCGGCGUCAACGCUCAGUGCCAUGUCCUGAAUCACAUACCGGUUUGCACGUGCAUGGAGGGCUUCACUGGAGAUCCUUUCACGCAGUGUAUACUAGUUCCUCCGACCACGUUGCCACCAGUAAGCGACCCGUGCAGCUCAUCACCUUGCGGACCAAACGCUUUAUGCAAUAACGGCGAAUGCGAGUGUCUCCCGGAAUACAUUGGCAAUCCGUACGAAGCCUGUCGUCCAGAAUGCGUUGUGAACCUGGAGUGUCCCCGCGACAAGACCUGUCUCAGAAACAAAUGCAAGGAUCCUUGUCCCGGGACGUGUGGUCAAAACGCAGUCUGCGACGUCGUGAAUCACAUACCCAGCUGUUCCUGUCCACCUGGAUACGUUGGGGAUCCGUUCGUUAGCUGUCGCACUCAGCCUCUAAUUCCACAUCCAUCUAAAGAUCCGUGCUCGCCUGUGUCACCCUGCGGACCGAACAGCCAGUGUCGCAACAUAGAAGACCACGCCGUGUGCUCUUGUCUUCAAGGAUACCUCGGUUCUCCACCGUCGUGUAGACCAGAGUGCGUCGUGAGCUCGGAGUGUCCACCAACGCGCGCCUGCGUGAACAAGAAGUGUACAGAUCCUUGCCUCGGCUCCUGCGGCUUGAACGCGAGGUGCGAAGUGAUCAAUCAUUCGCCGAUCUGUAGCUGUCUACCUGGCCAGACCGGGGAUCCGUUCAAGAGCUGCUACGACUUUCCAGAUGUGCCGGACGGCAAGGACUCGGGAGAUCCUUGCAAACCGUCAACCUGCGGACCAAACGCCCAGUGCCAGAACGCAAACGGUUAUCCAUCCUGUUCUUGCCUACCUGGAUACAUAGGCGUACCGCCGUCCUGUCGUCCAGAGUGCCUGAUCAAUCCUGACUGCCCAUCCGACAAAGCCUGCAUCAACUCGAAGUGCACGGAUCCAUGUCCGGGAUCCUGCGCGGAGAACGGCAAUUGCAUGGUCGUUAAUCACGCUGUCGUGUGCUCCUGCACACCUGGUUACACUGGAAAUCCGUUCGUUCAGUGCAUCGAACUGGAAGAGGAAUCCAUAAAUCCGUGCGAGCCCUCGCCUUGCGGGCCAAACGCCGUCUGCCAACAACGCGACAACGUGGGAGCGUGCAUCUGCAUCGACGACUACCACGGCAACCCUUACGAGGGAUGCCAGCCAGAGUGCAUCCUCAGCUCCGAUUGUCCAACGAAUAAGGCUUGCGUUCGCAACAAGUGCGAGGACCCCUGCCCUGGAAUAUGCGGCAUUCAGGCUCAGUGCUCGGUCAUCAAUCACAUUCCAACCUGCACCUGUCAACCUGGCUACGUGGGAGACCCCUUCACGAUCUGCACGCAGCCUCUGAUCACGUCCACGGAGUCUACUAGAACGGACCCGUGCAGCCCAUCGCCCUGCGGACCGAACAGUUUGUGCCGAGCCGUGAACGAUCAGGCCGUCUGCACGUGCCAGGAGUCCUACAUCGGUUCGCCGCCAAACUGCAGGCCAGAGUGCGUGGUGAACUCCGAAUGUCCUCAGAACAGAGCGUGUUACAAGUACAAGUGCUCCGAUCCCUGCCCAGGAACGUGCGGAGUAGGGGCCAAUUGUCGCGUGAUCAACCACAAUCCACUUUGCAGCUGCGCGCCAGGAACCACUGGAGAUCCGUUCUCCAGAUGUUAUCCUCAAAUGGUCACGCCAUUGCCACCGAUCGGCGAUCCUUGCAGACCAAGUCCAUGCGGUCUGUACGCAGAGUGCAGAGCGAUUGGCGAUCAAGCCGCUUGCUCCUGUUUGAAGAACUACAUAGGUCUGCCACCCAACUGUCGACCCGAGUGCGUCGUCAAUACCGACUGUCCAUCGAACCAGGCGUGCAUCUCUGAAAAAUGUCGAGAUCCUUGCAUCGGAUCGUGCGGUCAGAACGCUGAUUGCCGUGUGCAGAACCAUAUUCCUGUUUGCCUCUGUCAAACAGGGUACACCGGUGAUCCUUUCUCCCUGUGCACGGAGAUACAAGAACAACCCAGAGUACCCGAAGACAUGUGCAAUCCGUCUCCUUGCGGACCCAACGCGGAGUGCGACGAGGGCAACUGCAAGUGUCUUCCGAACUACUUCGGCGAUCCUUUCUCGUACUGUCGUCCAGAGUGCACUAUGAACUCGGACUGCUCUAGAGUGAAGACAUGCGUGAAUCAUUACUGCAUGGAUCCGUGCGUUGGCACCUGCGGUACCAGCGCGCAGUGCGACGUGGUCAAUCACAUCCCGAUGUGCAGCUGCCCUCCUGGCACCACGGGGGAUCCGUUUGUUCUUUGUCGACCGCACGUUAUCAAUGAGCCCAGGCAACAACCAUGCACACCAUCUCCCUGCGGCGCGAACAGUGUCUGCAAAGUGGUGAACGAUCACGCAGUCUGCUUGUGCCAACCUGGCCUGAUAGGCAGUCCACCCGCCUGCAGGCCAGAGUGCGUGGUCACCGCCGAUUGUCCUCUGACUCAAGCUUGUCUCGGAAACAAGUGUCAGGACCCGUGUCCAGGCACUUGCGGUCAGAACUCCAAGUGCCAAGUGGUCAACCACAACCCUAUAUGCAUCUGUUACGAGGGAUACACUGGCGAUCCGUUCACCAGGUGUUACCCUAGGCCAAAAGAGCCACCGAGGCCAACGAACCCCUGCCAACCAUCCCCCUGUGGACCAAACGCGGAGUGCCAAGUGAGAGGCGAUAGUCCAGCUUGUUCGUGUGUGCAAAAUUACAUCGGUGUACCGCCUAAUUGUAGACCCGAGUGCACGAUAAAUCCCGAGUGUCCGCCGCAUUUAGCGUGCAUGCAGCAAAAGUGUCGCGAUCCGUGUGUCGGUUUGUGCGGUUCGAACGCUGAGUGUACGGUAGUGAAUCACCACGCGGUGUGCGCUUGCGCGGAAGGUUACACCGGAAAUCCGUUCAGCGUAUGCGAGCCGGUCGCCAAGGAUGUACCCCUAGACCUUAGGAAACCAUGCGAGCCUUCCCCGUGCGGCGCCAAUGCAAUCUGUCGCGAAAACAACGGCGUCGGUUCCUGUUCCUGUCCUCCAGACUACAUAGGCGACCCGUACCAAGGAUGCCGACCCGAAUGCACCCAAAAUUCCGAUUGCGCCAAGACGAUGGCCUGCACGGGCCUCAAGUGCAGGGACCCGUGCCCAGGAACCUGCGGAUUGCAAGCCCGAUGCGAAACGAUCAAUCACGUUCCAGUUUGCUCGUGUAACCGUGGCUACUCGGGCAACCCCUUUACCUAUUGCUCUCCGAUCGUGCUCGAGCCUACCCUAUCAGAGUCAGACCCGUGUAGUCCCUCUCCUUGUGGACCCAACAGUAAGUGUCGAAACGUGAACGACCACGCAGUCUGCUCCUGCCUCGCAAAUUUCAUCGGAACCCCACCGUACUGUCGACCCGAGUGCGUGAUGAACAGCGAGUGCCCGUUGGACCUUGCGUGCAUCAAUCAAAGAUGCACGUCUCCCUGCACGAACUCCUGCGGUAUCAACACGCAGUGUAGAGCGAUCAACCACAGCCCAAUUUGCACCUGCAACCUCGGAUACACCGGGGACCCGUUUACGAAAUGCUUCCCCGCACCACAACCAACCCCGAACGACUGCUCCCUAGCCCCGAUCGACCCCUGCGUACCGUCGCCCUGUGGCACGUACGCGGAGUGCCGGAAUAUCGGUGGCACGCCUUCGUGUUCCUGCUUGCCCGCGUACCUUGGAUCCCCGCCGAAUUGCCGACCAGAAUGUCGCGUCAACUCCGACUGUCCCAUGAGUCUCGCGUGCAGCAACGAGAAGUGCAGGGACCCUUGCUUGGGAUCCUGCGGUGUCACGUCCUUGUGCUCCGUUUACAACCACGUUCCCGUGUGCACGUGCCCCGAGGGAUACACGGGGGAUCCCUUCGGCAACUGCUACCCAGCCCCGAUGAAGCCAACUGAACCAGCUGUCGUUGAUCCUUGCGCGUCAUCGCCGUGUGGCUCGAACGCCCGCUGCGAUAACGGUUUGUGCACGUGCCUGCCGGAGUAUCAGGGCGAUCCCUACGUGGGCUGUCGUCCCGAGUGCGUGUUGAACACCGAUUGUCCGCUGAAUCGUGCCUGCGUCAGGAACAAGUGCGUGGAUCCUUGUCCAGGCACGUGCGGCCAGAACGCGUUGUGUUCGGUGUACAACCACGUGCCUAUGUGCAGCUGCCCUAACGGAAUGGAGGGGAACGCUUUCGUUCUGUGCUCCGUUCUUCGAGGUACCUUUUCUCUUCAUCCUGUGUCGAGGAAUCCUUGCUCGCCCUCGCCCUGCGGACCGAACAGCGUGUGUCGAGAGGUCAACGAGCAGCCCGUCUGCUCCUGCGUGACAGGAUUCCUAGGUGUACCACCUGCCUGCAGACCGGAGUGCACGGUCAGUUCCGACUGUCCCCUAACGGAAGCCUGUAGCAAUCAGAAGUGCAUAAACCCCUGUCCUGGAACCUGUGGCUUCAGAGCUGUCUGCAACGUCGUAAAUCACAAUCCAGUGUGCAGCUGCUCGCCAGGACACAUCGGCGAUCCUUUCGUUCAAUGCGUGCCUGAACGUAAGACCCCGAUUGGCCGGCCUGUAGGGAACCCAUGCGAACCUUCCCCAUGCGGGCCCAAUGCUCAGUGUAGAGUUUCCAACGACGCACCCUCGUGCUCGUGUUUGCCGGAAUUUCUAGGCGCCCCUCCAAAUUGCAAGCCGGAAUGUAUCAGCAACAGCGAGUGUCCAGGUCACUUGGCCUGCCUGAACCAGAAAUGCGGAGAUCCUUGUCCAGGCUCCUGUGGAGCCAACUCUGACUGUCGCGUUGUUAGCCACACACCCAUGUGCGUCUGUCCUGGGGACUUCACUGGCGAUCCUUUCACUCAGUGUGUCCCUAAACCACCUGUGCCGAUCAACCUUUCCCCCUGCGAACCGUCGCCUUGCGGCUUCAACGCGAUAUGCAGGGAGUUGAACGGCGUUGGUUCCUGUUCUUGUCUGCCGGAUUACAUCGGAAACCCUUACGAGGGUUGUCGACCAGAAUGCGUGAUCGACACGGACUGUCCCUCCACAUUGAGCUGCAUCCGCUCCAAGUGCCAGGACCCAUGUCCUGGCACCUGUGGCACCAACACCGAGUGCCAGGUCAUCGAUCACCGGCCCGCGUGCGCCUGCAUCACAGGAUACAGCGGGAAUCCUUUCCAAUACUGUACCUUGAUUCGCGAAAUAGGAAACCAAACACAGUACAUGGACCCGUGCAACCCGUCCCCCUGCGGACCGAACAGUCAAUGUCGCGUAGUCAACGAACAAGGUGUGUGUUCCUGUCUACCAGAGUACAGAGGCUCUCCUCCGAUGUGUCGUCCAGAGUGCGUCCUAAACUCGGAUUGCCCUGCGAAUCGAGCUUGCGUCAACCAGAAAUGCGUGGAUCCAUGUCCCAGUUCGUGUGGCGCGUUCGCCACUUGCGUGGUCAGGAACCACAGUCCGAUUUGUGCCUGCAGAGAUUCGUACACCGGAGACCCGUUCACUAGAUGCUUCCCCGUUCCAACAUUCGUACCCCCCGCAGCGGUCGAACCAUCGCAACCCUGUCUCCCCUCCCCUUGCGGUCCGUACUCGGAAUGUCGCGUGGCGAACAACGGUCCAUCCUGCCAGUGCUUGGCCGACUAUACAGGAAGUCCUCCCAACUGUAGACCGGAGUGCACCGUCAACUCCGACUGUCCCAGCAACAGAGCCUGCAUCAGGCAGAAGUGUCUGGAUCCCUGUUCAGGAUCCUGCGGAGUAGGGACACGGUGCAGCGUGUUCAAUCACGUGCCCAUGUGCACGUGCAUCGAGGAGUACACCGGAGAUCCCUUCAACAAUUGCUACCCGACACCACCGCAGCUACCGCCCCCUGAAACCGAUCCCUGCAACCCAUCGCCGUGCGGACCGAACGCCCAAUGCAACGCAGGUGUAUGCACUUGCUUACCCGAUUACCAGGGCGAUCCCAACACCAGCUGUCGACCCGAAUGCGUUCUGAACAGCGACUGCGCUCAAAACAGAGCUUGCGCGAGGAACAAGUGCGUGGAUCCUUGUCUGGGCACUUGCGGCAGAGACGCGGUCUGCAAUGUCCUGAAUCACGUACCCAUGUGCAGUUGUCCGGCUGGAAUGUCUGGCAACGCGUUCAUAUCCUGCGACCGAGUGGAAGGUAUACAAAAGGAAUUUGUUCGGACGAAUCCAUGCAAUCCAUCGCCCUGUGGACCCAACAGUCAGUGUCGAGCUAUAAAUGGCCAGGGCGUGUGCUCGUGCGUGCCAGGAUACCUUGGCAUUCCGCCUACCUGUAGGCCAGAGUGCGUGGUCAGUUCAGACUGUCCAAGAAGCCUGGCCUGUAACAACCAAAAGUGCAUCGAUCCUUGCUCUGGCACUUGCGGCCUGAAGGCGUUGUGUCAGGUUGUCAAUCACAACCCCGUGUGCAGCUGCCCGUCAGGUUUCACGGGCGAUCCGUUCACCAGAUGCCAAUUCCUUCCUGCGAACAUACCAGAAGAGGAUACCUGCGCGUCCUGUCGAUGCGGCCCGAAUUCCGUUUACCAAACCGUCAACGACCAACCGUCUUGCGCCUGUCUCCCCGAUUUUAUCGGCUCUCCGCCAAACUGUAGGCCGGAGUGCGCGAGCAACAGCGAAUGUUCCAGCCACUUGGCGUGCAUCAACCGAAAAUGUCGAGACCCCUGUCCUGGCUCGUGUGGUUUGAACGCGGAAUGCCGUGUGGUCAGUCACACACCGAUGUGCGGCUGCCUGAGCGGUUACACAGGCGACCCCUUCACCCAGUGCACGUUGAAACGACCCGAGCUCGAACCCACGCCGGUGUCGCCCUGCGUGCCAUCGCCGUGCGGCCCUAACGCGAUAUGUAAAGAACAAAACGGAGCAGGUUCCUGUUCCUGCGCCCUGGAUUACAUAGGAAACCCGUACGAAGGAUGUCGCCCGGAGUGCACCGUGAACUCCGACUGUCCCUCGAACCUAGCCUGCAUAAGAUCCAAGUGCCAGAACCCCUGUCCCGGCACCUGCGGCCAGAACGCCGAUUGCGCGGUGAUAAAUCACUUGCCGAGUUGCACUUGCGUAGCUGGAUACACGGGAGACCCGUUCGUUAAUUGCCACGUCCAGCCGCAGAUCCCCAACGAAGCAAAAAAUCCGUGUAAUCCCUCGCCAUGCGGACCCAACAGCUUGUGCCACGUGACGAAUGGCCAGGCUGUCUGCGCGUGUUUCCGCGAUUAUGUAGGCAGCCCCCCAGGAUGUCGUCCAGAGUGCGUGGUCAGCUCGGAAUGUCCCUCGAACCAAGCUUGCGUCGAUCAAAAGUGCGUCGACCCCUGCCCUGGCCGUUGCGGUACCAACACGGACUGCAGAGUCGUGAAUCACAGCCCUAUCUGUGUUUGCAAGCUGGACUUCACCGGGGACCCCUUCACCAGAUGCUUCCCGACGCCAAAACCAUUGCCAGCACCCGUCGCUAACCCCUGUGUACCAUCCCCCUGCGGCCCGUACUCGGAAUGUCGCGACAUAGGAGGCUCCCCCUCCUGUUCCUGUUUACCAAAUUACACAGGAGGUCCGCCGAAUUGUAGACCAGAGUGCACGAUAAACCCUGACUGCCCCAGCAACAGAGCUUGCGCGAGGGAAAAAUGCAGAGACCCUUGUCCGGGCUCGUGCGGCAUUGGAGCGAUUUGCAACGUGAUCCAACACGUACCCACGUGCGUUUGCUCCCAAGAUUUUACAGGAGACCCGUUCGCUAGUUGCCAGCCCGUACAGGCGCCAUAUGUCCCGUCGGAUCCUUGCAACCCCUCGCCUUGUGGCACGAACGCACUGUGCGAUAACGGUUUAUGCAGUUGCCCUCCCGGUUACAUGGGAAGCCCCUACGAACUAUGUCAACCCGAGUGCGUGACCAACGACCAUUGUUCCUUCAACAGAGCUUGCGUUCGCAACAAAUGCGCGGACCCUUGCAUAGGAACCUGCGGCCAGAACGCGGUGUGCAACGUUUACGAUCACGUUCCCAUGUGUAGUUGCCCACCUGGGAUGUCUGGGAAUGCAUUUGUACUCUGCUCUGUACUACGAGAACCGCUGCCGCAGGACCCCUGCAGACCUUCCCCCUGUGGCCCUAACAGUCAGUGCCGAAUCGUUAACGGUCAGGCUGUCUGCAGUUGCGUUCAAGGAUAUCUAGGAACUCCGCCGUCUUGCAGACCCGAGUGUUUGGUCAGCUCCGACUGUCCACGAAAUUUGGCCUGUAGCAAUCAGAGGUGUAUAGACCCCUGUCUAGGCACCUGCGGUCUCAGGACUCAGUGUCAAGUUGUCGCUCACAAUCCCAUUUGCAGCUGUCUACCGAGACACUCUGGCGAUCCCUUCGCCAGAUGCGACCCGAUCAGUAAGACUCAUAUUGACACCCCGAUCGAGCCGGUAAACCCGUGCCAGCCGUCUCCCUGCGGACCGAACGCUCAAUGUCGCGUGGUGAACGACUCGCCAUCUUGCACGUGCCUGCCCGAUUUCGUUGGAGCGCCGCCCAGUUGCAGGCCAGAAUGCGUCAGCAACAGCGAGUGCCCGUGGAAUCUAGCUUGCAUGAAUCAAAAGUGCAGAGACCCUUGCCCUGGCGCUUGCGGUUCGAACACGGGAUGUCGAGUCGUGAGCCACACGCCUAUGUGCGUUUGCAUGAGCGGAUAUACGGGAGAUCCCUUCACCCAAUGCGUCGUUCAACAACCAACGAUCGUCGACGUCGCGUCGCCCUGUACACCGUCACCCUGCGGGGCAAAUGCUAUCUGCAAAGAGCAGAACGGUGCUGGCUCCUGCACCUGCUUGCAAGACUACAUCGGAAACCCCUACGACGGAUGUCGGCCUGAAUGCGUAGUGAACUCUGACUGCGUAUCCAACAUGGCCUGCGUUCGGUCCAAGUGCCAGGAUCCUUGUCCAGGCACCUGCGGCCAGAACGCUGUCUGCCAAGUGAUCAAUCACUCUCCUGCGUGUUCCUGCGUGUCUGGAUACACCGGCGAUCCGUUCAGAUACUGUAACCUCGCGUUACCAUCGGAUCCAGUCCCGAGGGACCCAUGCAAUCCAUCUCAGUGCGGACCGAACAGUCGAUGUAACGUAGUCAACGGUCAGCCAGUUUGCGCGUGUUACCCAGAGUACAUCGGAACUCCGCCAACGUGUCGUCCUGAAUGCGUGAUGAGCUCGGAGUGUCCCACUAACAGGGCUUGCGUCAACAAUAAAUGCAUCAAUCCGUGCCCUCAACCAUGCGGUUCGAACACCAACUGCAGAGUUCUGAAUCACAGUCCGGUAUGCAGUUGCAAACAGGGCUACACAGGGGAUCCGUUCAGUAGAUGUUUCCCUAUGCCAAAACCUCUUCCUGGCCCGGUCGCUCAGAAUCCUUGCGUGCCUUCGCCGUGCGGCCCUUACGCAGAGUGUCGCGACAUUGGCGGCGCGCCAUCCUGCUCUUGUCUAGCCCCUUACAUCGGUAGUCCACCUAACUGUAGACCCGAGUGCACGGUCAAUUCCGACUGCCCCAGUAGUCAAGCCUGUAUAAACGAAAGAUGCAGAGAUCCCUGUCCAGGCUCCUGCGGAGUCUCAGCCACCUGCAACGUCGUCAACCAUACGCCAUCUUGCGUUUGUCCUGCCGAUUUCACCGGGGAUCCGUUUACGAGCUGCUACCCGAAACGUAAGCACUCACUCGAAGAACCAGCGUUACCCGCGGACCCCUGCAAUCCCUCGCCUUGCGGUCCAAAUGCCCUGUGCACAGACGGCAGCUGUUCUUGCUUGCCAGAGUAUCAAGGAGAUCCUUACGCCGGUUGUCGACCGGAAUGCGUCCUCAACAGCGACUGUCCUACCUCUCGAGCCUGCAUCCGUAACAAGUGCGCGGACCCGUGUCCAGGAACUUGCGGUCAGAACGCGCAGUGCAACGUCUACAACCACGUACCCAUGUGCAGUUGUCUGCCUGGAAUGACAGGGAACGCGUUCGUUUCGUGUCGACCGGAAGACCCAUGCAACCCGUCUCCCUGCGGACCCAACAGUCUCUGUCGCGUAGUUAACGAGCAAGCGGUAUGCACUUGCGUGGCUAGUUUCACAGGAACCCCACCAUCUUGCAGACCCGAGUGUAGCGUUAGCUCCGACUGUCCGAGAAAUCAAGCUUGCAGUAAUCAGAGAUGCAUAAAUCCCUGCGCUGGGACCUGCGGCGUUAGCGCCCAGUGCCAAGUGAUCAAUCAUAAUCCCAUAUGCAGCUGUCCACCAGGCUUUACUGGCGAUCCUUUCGUCAGAUGCGAGCCCAAACAACCGUUAGCUCCCGUCAAUCCUUGCUAUCCAUCGCCCUGUGGACCUAACGCGGUCUGUCAAGUGGCGAACGAUUCACCCUCGUGCUCCUGUUUACCCGAGUUCGUCGGUGCACCGCCGAAUUGUAGACCCGAGUGCAUCAGCAACAGCGAGUGCGCGACUCAGUUAGCCUGUAUAAACAACAAAUGCAGAGAUCCAUGCCCUGGUUCGUGCGGCGGCAACGCUGAUUGUCGCGUCGUGAGCCACACCGCCAUGUGCGUGUGUUCCAUCGGCUUCACUGGUGAUCCCUUCACGCAGUGCCUCGACAGGCAACCCGACAUACGACCAACCCUCGCCACUCCGUGCACACCGUCACCCUGUGGUUCGAACGCCAUUUGCAAAGAACAGAACGGAGUAGGUUCCUGUACGUGUUUGCCCGACUACAUUGGCAACCCUUACGAGGGCUGUCGUCCAGAAUGUAUAAUAAAUUCCGAUUGCGUACCCACGCGUGCCUGCAUCCGGUCCAAGUGUCAGGACCCUUGUCCAGGAUCUUGCGGCGCGAACGCCGGAUGCCAAGUUGUCAAUCACUUGCCAACCUGUACUUGUUUCCCUGGUUACACCGGUCAGCCCUAUCAAUUCUGCCAGCUGAUCGUACCGACUCUGGAUGAGAGAAGAGAUCCGUGUUCCCCAUCGCCGUGUGGACCGAACAGUAACUGUCGGGUUGUCAACGACCAGGCAGUCUGUUCCUGUCUACCGGAAUACACCGGCUCCCCUCCAGGAUGUCGACCAGAAUGCGUAGUCAGUUCCGAGUGUCCGUCUAACCUAGCGUGCAUAAAUCAGAAGUGCAGGAAUCCUUGUCCUGGUCCUUGCGGCCUCAACGCGGAGUGCAACGUCAUACAUCAUAGUCCUAUAUGUGCCUGCAGACAAAGCUACACCGGUGAUCCGUUUAGUCGGUGCUUCCCAAUGCCAGAACUCCCUCCAGCGCCGAUACCUUCAGACCCCUGUUUCCCUUCACCCUGCGGUCGGAACGCGGAAUGCCGCAACAUCAACGGCAUACCUUCCUGCACUUGUCUGCCAAAUUACGUGGGCAGUCCUCCCAGCUGUCGACCAGAGUGCACCGUGAACUCCGACUGCCCUCCCAAUCAAGCUUGCACGAGAGAGAAGUGCAGGGACCCUUGUCCCGGCUCCUGUGGCGUGUUCGCCCAGUGCAGCGUGCUGAAUCACGUGCCAAUCUGUAGUUGCAUCGAAGACUACACCGGCGAUCCCUUCAGCAACUGUUAUCCGAAACCACCUUCACAACCACCAGUCUCCGACGAUCCUUGCGAUCCGUCGCCCUGUGGAUCGAACGCAGAAUGCAACAACGGCAUCUGUACCUGUCUGCCAGAGUACAGGGGCGAUCCGUACGCAGGAUGUCGUCCAGAGUGCGUUCUUAAUUCGGAUUGUCCCUUAAACCAGGCAUGCCUCCGAAAUAAAUGUAUCGAUCCUUGCAUCGGUACCUGUGGCCAGAACGCGAUUUGCGACGUGUUCAAUCACAUUCCGAUGUGCAGCUGCGGUCAAAGGAUGACUGGAAACGCUUUCGUACUGUGUUCCCCGAUCGCAGUAACACCGGAAACUCCAUGCAACCCAUCACCUUGCGGUCAAAACAGUAUCUGUCGUGCUGUGAAUGGACAGGCAGUUUGCACUUGUGUCCAGGGAUACGUAGGAAGUCCUCCGUCUUGUAGACCGGAGUGCGUAGUCAGUUCCGACUGUCCCAGAAACGAAGCCUGUAGUAACCUGAAGUGCUCGAACCCGUGCAUAGGAACUUGCGGCAUUCGCGCGCAGUGUCAAGUCAUAAACCACAAUCCCAUAUGCAGCUGUCUGCCAGGAUUGUCCGGUGAUCCGUUCGUCAAAUGCGAUCCUAUCGUGGACGUCGAGCCACAAGUCGUGAACCCGUGCAGACCAUCGCCGUGUGGUCCCAACGCUCAGUGUCAAGUAGCGAACGACUCCCCAUCCUGCACAUGCAUGCCUGGAUUUAUAAGCUCUCCGCCAAACUGUCGACCCGAGUGCGUGAGCAACAGCGAAUGCGCGAGCCACCUCGCUUGCAUCAAUCAGAAGUGCGGAGACCCGUGUCCUGGCUCUUGCGGAGCUAAUGCCGAGUGUCGCGUGGUCAGCCACACGCCCAUGUGCGUUUGCUCCACUGGAUUCACGGGCGAUCCGUUCACGCAAUGCGUGGUGUUCGAUGAGCGUCUACCUUCCCCGUGCACGCCAUCCCCUUGCGGUUCUAACACCGUUUGCAGAGAGCAGGACGGUGUAGGCUCCUGUUCGUGUUUACCCGAAUACAUAGGCAAUCCGUACGAAGGAUGUCGACCGGAGUGCACCGUCAGCUCCGACUGCCCUUCGAAUCUCGCUUGCACGAGAAACAAGUGUCAGGACCCGUGUCCAGGCACCUGUGGACAGAACACUGUUUGCCAAGUUAUCAAUCACUCGCCCACGUGCUCGUGCAACCCUGGUUUUACCGGAGACCCCUUCAGAUACUGCCAAAUCACGCGAGAGCCUGGUAAAGUAUAUUUGAACCAUCCAACCGACCCCUGCGUCCCGUCGCCCUGCGGGCCAAACAGUCAGUGCCGCGUGAUUUCCGGCAACGCGGUGUGCUCUUGUCUUCCCGAAUACACCGGAAGUCCUCCCUCCUGCCGGCCCGAGUGCGUCGUCAGCACGGAUUGUCCCUCGAACCGAGCCUGCGUGAACCAGAAGUGCUCGGACCCCUGUCUACGAGCGUGUGGACAGAACACCAAUUGUCUAGUCGUCAACCACAGUCCUAUUUGUACCUGCAAAGACGGAAACACUGGCAACCCGUUCACAAGGUGUUUCCAUUUUCAACGUAAGUCUCUCUAUCCACAACCAACGUUACCAGAUCUACCUCAAAACCCCUGCUUACCCUCCCCCUGUGGUCCAUACUCCGAAUGUCGAGACAUCGGUGGCGCUCCGUCUUGUUCCUGCUUAGCUAAUUAUUUCGGCAGCCCACCAAACUGUAGACCAGAAUGUACCGUGAAUACGGACUGUCCCAGCGAUCGGUCCUGCAUAAGACAGCGAUGCACGGAUCCUUGUCCUGGAUCCUGCGGCGUGGCGGCAAUGUGCUCGGUCUUCAGUCACGUGCCGAUCUGCACCUGCGCGGAAGGAUUCACGGGUGAUCCUUUCAGCAGCUGCUCUCCUGCGCCACGUAAGCCUCCUGCUGUACUGGUACCGCAAGACCCCUGCAACCCAUCGCCUUGCGGUCCGAACGCCCAGUGCAACGAUGGCGCUUGCACGUGUUUGUCGGAGUAUCAGGGCGACCCUUACGUAGGUUGCCGACCAGAAUGCGUCCUGAACACCGACUGUCCCCUAAACAGAGCUUGUCUCCGCAACAAGUGCGUGGAUCCUUGCGCCGGCACCUGCGGUCAGAGCGCAGUGUGCAACGUGUACAAUCACUUGCCAAUGUGCGGCUGUCCCGUCGGUAUGACGGGCAACGCGUUCGUAUACUGCACACCGUUCAGAGACCCAGUCGUGACCAAUCCUUGCAACCCAACGCCUUGCGGAUCGAACAGCCAGUGCAGAGAAGUCAACGGACAAGCCGUGUGCACUUGUAUCCCUGGUUUCGUUGGAAUCCCGCCUACCUGCAGACCAGAGUGCGUGGUGAGCACGGACUGCGGACCAACGGAGGCUUGCAUCAAUCAGAAAUGCAGCAAUCCGUGCGCGGGUUCCUGCGGAAUCAGAGCCACCUGUCAAGUAGUCAACCACAACCCGCUUUGCAGCUGCCCUGCGGGCUUGACCGGCGAUCCUUUCGUCAGAUGCGUCGAGAAACCGUUGGAGUCACCGCAACAGGAGAACCCAUGCGUACCAUCGCCAUGCGGCCCGAACGCUCAGUGUCAAACCAUCAACGAUUCCCCGUCCUGUUCCUGUCUACCAGAGUUCACCGGCUCUCCUCCUAACUGCAGACCGGAAUGCAUCAGCAAUAACGAGUGCCCGAGUAACAUGGCUUGCAUCAAUCAGAAAUGCAGAGACCCUUGUCCGGGAUCCUGCGGCACGAACGCCGAGUGUCGCGCAGUCUCUCAUACACCGAUGUGCAGUUGCUCUCCCGGGUACACCGGGGAUCCGUUUACCCAAUGUGUCGUAGAACAACUCAUACCGAUGUACGUGCCAAAGCCUUGCGUGCCGUCUCCUUGCGGCGCAAACGCCCUCUGCAAAGAGAGGAACGGAGCAGGAUCGUGCUCCUGUCUGGAAGGAUACAUCGGGAACCCGUACGAGGGUUGCCGACCGGAGUGCGUCAUAAAUUCGGACUGCGUUCCAAGCAAGAGCUGCGUCAGCUUCAAGUGCGAAGAUCCGUGUCCCGGCACUUGUGGCCAGAACGCGAUCUGCCAAGUGAUCAAUCACCUGCCCACCUGCAGUUGCUUGCCUAGAUUCACGGGAGAUCCAUUCAGAUACUGCCGCGAGGAAGAGAUAGGUACCCUGACGGAUCCUUGCCAACCAUCGCCGUGCGGGCCCAACAGCGUCUGCAGGGAGAACAACGGCCAGGCGGUUUGUUCGUGCUCACCAGGAUAUCUCGGUUCUCCGCCAGGAUGCAGACCGGAAUGCGUGGCGAGCGCGGAGUGCGCCUCCAACCGCGUGUGCGUUAACCAGAAGUGCGUGGAUCCUUGUCCAGAUCCAUGCGGGAGGAACGCCGUUUGCAGAGUCAUCAACCGCAAUCCGAUAUGCUCCUGUCAGCAAGAUUUCACCGGGGACGCGUUCUCCGUCUGUUUCCCUAUUCCACGUCCACCGCCGGAGUCAUUCAGACCUUCCCAGCAAGACCCGUGUUUGCCAAGCCCUUGUGGCCCGUAUUCGCAGUGUCGAAACAUCGGAGGAAAUCCUUCUUGUUCUUGCUCGGCUUCGUAUAUCGGUGUCCCACCGAAUUGCAGGCCAGAGUGCACUAUUAACGCGGAGUGCUCCAGCGCGUUGGCUUGCAUCAGGGAGAGGUGCUCGGACCCUUGUCCAGGAUCUUGCGGUAUAGGAGCUAGGUGCACCGUUCUGAAUCACGUCCCGAUGUGUGCUUGCCCCGAGGGCUACACGGGAGAUCCCUUCACCAGCUGCGUCUUGACGCCCCACGUUCUCAUACCCGAUUUGUAUACAGCCGAGGAACCUGUCUCGGACCCCUGCAACCCGUCACCGUGUGGUGCGAACGCGCUAUGUCGCGACGGCAGUUGCACGUGCCUUCCGGAAUAUCAAGGAGACCCCUACACCGGUUGUCGACCCGAAUGCAUCAUGAACACCGAUUGCGCCCGUGACAGGGCGUGCGCGAGGAACAAGUGCGUCGAUCCGUGCACAGGAACUUGCGGUCAGAACGCCCAGUGUCAGACCAUAAAUCACAUUCCGAUGUGCAAUUGUCCGGCGGGGAUGGCUGGAAACGCUUUCGUUUCCUGUUCUCCGGUGCAGGAUGUAGCGACGAACCCUUGCUCGCCAUCGCCCUGUGGACCGAACAGUCACUGUCAAGAAGUGAACGGAGUCGCGGUUUGCAAGUGCGUGGAAGGUUUCCUUGGAAAUCCACCGACUUGCAGGCCAGAGUGCAUCGUCAGCUCGGAUUGCGAGCUGACGAAAGCCUGCAUCAAUCAGAAGUGCGCCGAUCCCUGCCCAGGUUCUUGCGCUGUGAGAGCAGAGUGCUCCGUGGUCAACCACAACCCCAUUUGUAGAUGUCCACCCAGUAUGACCGGUGAUCCGUUCACUAUUUGCACAGCCAUAGUGGAACAGCCUUCGGAACCAAUAAACCCAUGUUUCCCGUCACCUUGUGGCCCGAACGCUCAGUGUCAGGUGGUAAACCAAGCCCCAGCGUGCUCGUGUUUACCAGAAUUUUCGGGAACACCUCCGAAUUGUAGGCCCGAGUGCGUCAUUAACAACGACUGUCCGACUCGUCAAGCUUGCGUCGAUCAAAAAUGCAGGGACCCGUGUCCUGAUUUGUGCGGAGCCAACGCAGAGUGCAGCGUGUUCAGCCACACUCCGAUUUGUUCCUGCAGUUCAGGAUUCACUGGAGAUCCGUUCGUUCGGUGCACUCCACUUCCAAUCGAAAGCGAAAGACCAACCCCCUGCAGUCCAUCGCCAUGCGGGGCGAACGCAGUGUGCAAAGUAUCAGGAAACGCAGGUGCCUGUACCUGUUUGCCGGAUUACGUAGGGAAUCCCUACGAAGGUUGCAGACCCGAAUGUGUCGUGAACUCCGACUGUCCUGUGAACCUUGCAUGCGUGAGAUCGAAGUGCCAAGAUCCUUGUCCUGGAGCGUGCGGUCAGAACGCCAUGUGCAACGCUGUGAACCACGCGCCGAUGUGCGCGUGCAUUCAGGGAUACUCUGGAGAUCCUUUCAGAUACUGCAGUCUAAGUCCAGUGAAUCGUAAGAUCGACCCUUGCAAUCCAACGCCAUGCGGUCCAAACAGCGAAUGUCGCGUGAACAACAACCAACCGGUGUGCACUUGCCUCGCGACGUACAUGGGCAGCCCGCCAAAUUGCAGACCCGAGUGCGUGGCCAGCACAGACUGUCCCCUAACUCGUGUCUGCGCGAAUCAGAAAUGCGUCGACCCGUGUCCCAGUUCGUGUGGCAUGAACGCCAACUGCAGAGCCAUCAACCACAGUCCGAUCUGUUUCUGUAACAACGGAUUCACCGGAGAUCCGUUUACCGCUUGCUUCCGCGCUCCUGAAACCCCCGCAGAACCCUCGCCAUCGGUACAAAGGGAUCCCUGUCAGCCGUCUCCCUGUGGUCCAAACGCGAUCUGCCAAACUGUGGGCCAGACGCCAGCUUGCACUUGCUCGCCAGACUAUCGCGGCAGCCCUCCAAACUGCAGGCCCGAGUGCACCAUCAAUUCCGAGUGUCCCACUAAUCAAGCUUGCAUCCGAGAGAAGUGCAGGGACCCCUGUCCAGGUUCUUGCGGCUUUAACGCUCAAUGCUCCGUGUUCAAUCACGUACCUAUGUGCUCCUGUAUCGAAGGGUUCACGGGAGAUCCCUUCAGCCAAUGCAAUCAACAGGCUACACCCAUCGAACCAACAGAAGUAGAUUUGUGCAAUCCGUCCCCUUGCGGUCCGAAUGCUCAGUGCGACAACGGAAUAUGCUCUUGUUUACCCGAGUACUACGGGGAUUCGACGAUCGGCUGUCGACCGGAAUGCGUGCUCAAUAACGAUUGUCCUCGAGACAGAGCUUGCGUGAGGAACAAGUGCGAGGAUCCCUGCCAGGGGACCUGCGCAAGCAACGCUGUGUGCAACGUGGUGAACCACGUGCCAAUGUGUAGCUGUCCAGCUGGUUUCGAAGGCAACGCGUUUGCCUACUGUCGUCCUGCCAUAGUAACAACAAUCAGCGAUCCCUGCAACCCGUCGCCCUGUGGUCCUAACAGUCUGUGCAGACAGAACAACAUGCAAGCCGUAUGCUCUUGCGUGAGCGGGUACGUAGGCGCUCCUCCGACUUGCAGACCCGAGUGCGCUGUCAGUUCAGACUGUCCAUUGAACGAGGCGUGUACCAACCAACGGUGCCAAGAUCCUUGCCCAGGAAGCUGCGGGAUCAACGCGGACUGCAGCGUGGUCAAUCACAACCCGAUAUGCGUCUGCCGCGAUAGGAUGACCGGCGAUCCCUUCGUCAGUUGCUACCCACUGCGUAAGAACGCCAAUUCACCGUUACCUCCAGUCGAUCCUUGCCAACCGUCGCCAUGCGGCCCCAACGCGGACUGCCAAGUAGUAAACGACCAACCAUCCUGCUCGUGUAGGCGAGAAUUCAUUGGAUCGCCUCCCAACUGUCGUCCAGAGUGCAUCAGCAACAGCGAGUGUCCCUAUCAACUGGCGUGCAUCGGCCAGAGGUGCCAGGACCCUUGCGUCAACUCCUGCGGCGUGAACGCGGUUUGCAAUGUCGUCAGUCACACGCCUAUGUGUGCCUGUACGAAUGGUUACACCGGUGAUCCGUUUACCCAAUGUUCACCGCAGCCGUUCGACGCGCCAGUCAGCAGACCAGACCCCUGCAGCCCGUCGCCGUGCGGUGCCAAUAGCGUGUGUCGCGUUCAGCAGAACACCGGGUCUUGCACCUGCCAAGACGAUUACAUCGGGAAUCCUUACGAAGGAUGCAGACCCGAAUGCACGCUCAGCUCGGAUUGUCCGUCCAAUCGAGCCUGCAUCCGUUCCAAGUGCACGGACCCCUGUCCUGGAACUUGCGGUCAAAACGCUCAGUGUUACGUUAUCAACCACGCUCCAGCUUGCAGCUGCUUCGAACGGUACACGGGAGAUCCUUUCGUGUACUGCUCCCCUAUGAGAGAACCGCUUCCUGGACCCAACUCCGUUAGCCCUUGCGAACCGUCGCCCUGCGGCCCGUACAGCCAAUGUCGAGAGAUCAACGGCCAGGCCACGUGUUCUUGUUUACCAACUUACACAGGAACACCCCCGAAUUGCAGACCAGAGUGCACCGUUAGCUCCGAUUGCCCGUUGAAUCUCGCGUGCAGGAACAACAAGUGCGUCGAUCCCUGUCCCGACUCUUGCGGUCAGCAGACCACGUGCAGGGUCGUGAAUCACAGUCCCAUAUGCUCCUGCAGGCCAGGUUUCACCGGUGAUCCGUUCACUCGGUGCUUCUCGAGUCCACCUCCGGCUGUUAUGGACCCACCGAUCGAUCCCUGUAUCAACUCGCCCUGCGGACCGAACUCUCAGUGUCGCAACAUCAACGGAUCUCCCUCGUGCUCUUGCGCCCUAAACUACAUCGGUGCUCCACCGAACUGUCGUCCAGAGUGCGUGGUCAACACCGAUUGUCCCAGAAAUCAAGCUUGCAUUCGCGACAAAUGCCAGGAUCCUUGCCCAGGCUCCUGUGGUCUGAACAGCGUCUGCGCGGUCCACAAUCACAUUCCCGUUUGCACGUGCUUGGAAGGUUACACGGGAGAUCCUUUCAGCAUCUGCCAGCCCAAACCAAUCAGAGACGAACCUGUGACAGACCCAUGCAGCAAUUCUCCGUGCGGACCGAACGCCGAUUGCGACAACGGCGUUUGUGCUUGCAUUCCCGAGUACACUGGAAACCCGUACGUCGGUUGUCGGCCCGAAUGCGUGCUCAGCACGGACUGUCCAAACAACAGAGCGUGCAUAAGAAACAAAUGCGUGGAUCCUUGCCCCGGAGCUUGCGGCCAGAACGCUCUUUGCAACGCGAUCAAUCACAUACCUAUGUGCAGUUGUCCUCCCAACACCGCCGGCAACGCUCUGGUCGUGUGUUCGCCUAUGCGAGCUCCCACGACGACGAGACCGUGCAACCCAUCCCCCUGCGGUCCAAACAGUAUCUGUCGCGAGUUAAACGACCAAGCAGUGUGCACUUGCGCCCCCGACUACCUCGGAACGCCACCUUUAUGUAGACCAGAAUGCGUCAUCAGUUCCGAUUGUCGCAUGAACGAGGCUUGCGUGAAUCAAAAAUGCAGAAAUCCGUGUCUAGGAACGUGUGGCGUUGGGGCGCAAUGCCUAGUGGUUAACCACAACCCCGUGUGCUCCUGUCCAGAGCGUUACACCGGAGACCCCUUCGUCAGAUGCGAAAUGAUCAAAGAUAUAAUAGUGCCCACGAACCCCUGCCAGCCGUCGCCCUGCGGACCGUACGCCCAGUGCCGAGUGAUCAAUGACGUCCCAUCCUGUACAUGUCUACCUGAAUAUACGGGAACCCCGCCCAACUGCAAACCCGAGUGCAUAGCCAGCUCCGAGUGCCCCAGCCACCAAACCUGCGUCCGACAGAAAUGCGUAGAUCCCUGUCCGGGUCUAUGCGGGGAGAGUGCAGAGUGUCACGUAGCCUAUCACGUGCCCCACUGCGUUUGUCCAAACGGUUUCACCGGUGACCCGUACUCUCGUUGCUCGAUAAUAAUUCGUGACCCGGAACCCUCGCCCUGCGCGGAAGGCACAUGCGGCACGAACGCGUUGUGCAGAGAACGAGACGGUAUCGGGAUUUGUUAUUGCCCACCUGAGUACAUUGGCAACGCGUACGUGGGCUGUAGGCCCGAAUGCGUCAUUAACCCCGAUUGCCCGUCCAACAAAAUGUGCGUGCGAAACAAGUGCCAAGACCCGUGCCCUGGAACCUGCGGCCAGAACGCCGAGUGCACGGUCGUUAACCAUCAGCCAGUCUGCUCGUGUCGGUCGGGAUUCACUGGCGAUCCGUUUGUCGUGUGUACCGUGGAUAUAAUGGUCCCAACGAAAGAGAACCUGUGUAACCCAUCGCCCUGCGGACCCAACAGUCAGUGCAGAGAAGUAUCUGGUCAGGCCGUGUGUUCGUGCCUGCCUACCUACGUCGGCACACCACCUGGAUGUAGACCCGAGUGCGUUGCUAGCUCCGAGUGUCCCACUCAGCUCGCGUGCAAGGACUACAAAUGUACAAACCCGUGCCCGAGUCCCUGCGGACUGAACACUAAGUGCAUCGUCGUUAACCACAGUCCCAUAUGUAGUUGCAUGCCCGGCUACAGCGGCGAUCCUUUCACUAUCUGCACUCAAAUUCCACCUGUCUCGAUCCCUGGCCCAACGGAGAAAGACCCGUGCGUACCAUCCCCGUGCGGCAAUUUCGCCCAGUGCAGAAAUAUCCGCGGCACUCCUGCCUGCACGUGCUUAGAGAGCUACAUCGGUCAGCCACCCAACUGCAGACCCGAGUGCACGAUCAACUCCGAAUGUCAAAGCGACAUGGCCUGCGUCAACAUGAAGUGUAGAGACCCGUGCCCUGGUUCCUGCGGUUCCGGUGCCCUGUGCGCGGUUAUGAAUCACAUUCCCGUGUGCAACUGUCCCGAAGGUUUCACAGGAAAUCCCUUCACACUUUGUCAGUUACUGCCAGCGACACCUCCAACGCCACCGCUAGAAGACGAAUGUAGCUCGUCACCCUGCGGUCCCAACGCCGCGUGCACGAACGGCGUUUGCACGUGUCUACCGGAAUUCCAAGGAAACCCGUACCUAGGAUGUCGACCCGAAUGCGUCCUAAAUUCAGACUGCCCCAGAGACAGAGCCUGCUCGCGUAAUAGGUGUACGGACCCCUGUCCUGGAAUCUGUGGUUUCAGUGCCAUUUGUACAGUGAUCAAUCACGUGCCCAUGUGUAGCUGUCCUGGAAACAUGACUGGCAACGCGUUUAGUCAAUGUAACCCUCUGACAGAUGUGAUACCCACUAAUCCGUGUAGUCCGACACCAUGCGGACCCAAUAGCGAAUGCCGCACCGUAAACGGUCAAGCGGUCUGCUCGUGCAUCAGAGGAUACUUAGGAAGCCCGCCGACCUGUAGACCCGAGUGCAUAGUCAGCACAGACUGCCCGCAAAACGAAGCCUGUAGCAAUCAGAGGUGUAUAAACCCCUGUCCUGGAUCUUGCGGCAUCGGAGCCAGCUGCAACGUCGUCAACCAUAAUCCUAUAUGCAGCUGUCCGUUGCGUUACACUGGAAAUCCAUUCGUUCAGUGCACGUUCUCCUACGUUGAACCUGAAACGAUAGAUCCCUGUCAGCCAUCGCCCUGCGGUCCGAACUCUCAGUGCCAAGUGAUCAACGACUCUCCCUCGUGCUCGUGCACGCCUGGGUACUCUGGCAGCCCGCCAAAUUGCAGACCGGAGUGCGUCAGUAACGGGGAGUGUCCUAGUCAGUUAGCUUGUAUCAAUCAGAAGUGCCAGGACCCUUGCGUCGAUUCCUGCGGUGCCAGCGCGAGUUGCCAUGUCGUUAGUCACACUCCUAUGUGCACCUGCCUGAGCGGUUACACAGGCGAUCCGUUCACUCAGUGUGUCUUUAAAGAACCUGUGAAUAUACCUGCACCCGUUGACCCCUGCAACCCAUCGCCCUGCGGAUCCAACGCUGUCUGCAAAGAAUCGAACGGCGCCGGCUCCUGUAACUGCAUUCCAAAUUAUAUCGGGAACCCCUACGAUGGAUGUCGACCCGAGUGUCUCUUGAACUCCGACUGCCACCCGAGUCAAGCCUGCAUGAACAACAGAUGCAGGGAUCCCUGUCCAGGAACCUGCGGUCGUAACGCCGAAUGUCAUGUUAUCAAUCACCUGCCAGUGUGCGAGUGUUAUCCUAGUCACACUGGAAACGCCUUUGUCCUCUGUUUACCUAUCGCACCAGAAACUGACCAAACGAUCAGUAAACCCUGCAACCCGUCUCCCUGUGGACCCAAUAGUCAAUGCAGACCGAUCAACGGACAGUCGGUGUGCUCGUGUUUACCGGAGUUCUUGGGCAGUCCACCUGCGUGCAGACCCGAGUGCACGGUCAGCGCCGAAUGUCCCACGAAUUUGGCGUGUAUCAACAGAAAGUGUAGCGAUCCCUGUCCUGGAUCUUGCGGCUCGAGCACGAGGUGCGAAACGAUCAAUCACAGAGCCAUAUGCUCCUGCCAACCAGGCUUCACUGGUGACCCGCUCGUUGCUUGUUUCGAUAUGCCAAUUGGAAAACCUGCUCCUGGACCGACGUACGCGAAUCCAUGCGCGCCUUCGCCGUGCGGGCCCUACUCGGAAUGUCGGAAUAUAAAUUCCCAGGCCUCGUGUGCCUGCUUGCCAGACUACAUGGGAACGCCACCGAAUUGCAGACCGGAGUGUAUACGAAAUUCCGAUUGUCCCAGCAACCAGGCGUGCAUUCAGAAGAAAUGUCGAUACCCUUGCGAAGGCGUAUGCGGCGUAGGAGCCCAAUGCUCGGUGAUAAAUCACACUCCGAUUUGCACUUGUCCGGAAGGCUACACAGGCGACUCUUUCGUCAGGUGUUCGCCCGCGAUAGUGGACAUGGACCAACCAGUGGAUUCGUGUGCCAACUGCGGCGCGAACACGCAGUGCCUGGAUGGAGUCUGCGUUUGCUUGUCAGAGUAUCAAGGAGACCCGUACCUAGGUUGUCGGCCAGAAUGUGUCCUGAAUUCGGAUUGUCCGAGAGACAGAGCUUGUAUCAAGAACAAGUGCAACGACCCAUGCGCUGGUACCUGUGGACAGAACGCGUUGUGUUCCGUCGUAAAUCACGUUCCAAUGUGCACUUGUCCGCCAGGAAUGUCAGGAAACGCGUUCGUAGUUUGCUCUGUGAUGAUAGUACAAACACCCAAAGACCCGUGCAAUCCAUCGCCCUGCGGACCCAACAGCCAGUGCAGGAAGAUAAACGAUCAGGCCGUUUGCUCUUGCAUUCCUGGUUACCUAGACACGCCACCGAAUUGCCGACCGGAAUGUAUCCUCAGUUCCGACUGUCCAUCCAGCAUGGCCUGCAACAAUCAAAAGUGUAUAGACCCUUGCCCUGGCACUUGCGGUAUAAGGGCGGAGUGCGUGGUGGUGAACCACAAUCCAAUUUGCAGCUGCCCACCGGACCUGACAGGCAAUCCCUUCACCAUGUGUAUCAGGAUGCCCGACGAGCCAACGGUUCUGAAUCCGUGCGUACCAUCGCCCUGUGGCCCGAACAGUCAAUGCCAGGUCCUAAACAAUUCGCCGUCUUGCUCCUGCUUGCCCGAGUUCCUUGGAUCCCCGCCAAACUGUAAGCCAGAAUGCGUAAGCAACAGCGAGUGCUCUACGCACUUGGCUUGCAUAAAUCAAAAGUGUCGCGAUCCUUGUCCCGGUUCGUGCGGUGCUAACGCCGAAUGUCGAGUGAUAAGUCACACGCCGAUGUGCGUCUGUUCCUACGGAUUCGUUGGUGAUCCGUUCAUACAAUGCCUUCCAAGACCAGUGAUCGAGGACACAGGUAAGAAACCCACGCCAUGCAUGCCGUCACCCUGUGGAUCUAACGCGAUAUGCAACGAACUGAACGGCGCCGGAUCCUGCAAGUGUCUCCCAGAUUACAUCGGCAACCCUUACGAAGGCUGUCGACCAGAAUGUACCAUCAAUUCCGACUGUACCGCCGAUCGUGCUUGCGUUAGAUCGAAAUGUCAGAACCCCUGUCCAGGAUUCUGCGGCUACAACGCGAUAUGCCAGGUCGUCAACCACGCUCCGCUCUGUACGUGCCAGUCUGGCUACUCGGGCGAUCCCUUCGUUCAAUGCAAUAUCGUUCGAGAGGAACCGAGACCAUCCGAUCCCUGUAGCUCGUCACCCUGCGGACUUAACAGCCAAUGUCGCGUGUCGAACGGACAGGCCAUCUGUUCUUGUUCGCCGACGUUCAUCGGAACCCCGCCAAUGUGCAGACCAGAGUGCACAGUCAGCUCGGACUGUGCUACCAAUCGCGCUUGCAAGAACCGUAAAUGCGUGGACCCGUGUCCGGGUAUUUGCGGUAUCAACGCGAGAUGCGAGGCGAUUAAUCACAGUCCGAUCUGCAGUUGCAAUCCUGGCUUGACUGGCGACCCGUUCGUCAGAUGUUUCAAAGUGCCAACCGUGUCCGAGCCAAUAAAUCCAUGCGUCCCGUCGCCCUGCGGUCCGUUCUCCGUGUGCCGCGUUCUCGGCAACACGGAGCUGCCCAGCUGCUCGUGCAUGGACAAUUACAUAGGAUCUCCGCCAAACUGUCGUCCAGAGUGCACCAUCGACUCCGAGUGCGGCAGCGACAGAGCCUGUUUGAGGCAGACGUGCGCGGAUCCUUGUCCAGGUUCCUGUGGUACAGGUGCACAGUGCCUUGUGGUGAAUCACAUGGCCGUCUGCACGUGUCCCAAGGGAUACACUGGCGAUCCGUUCGUCAAUUGCUUCGUAGAAACUUCUCCUUCGCCGGCAGUUCCUCAAGACGCCUGCAAUCCGUCGCCGUGUGGAUCGAACGCCGUCUGUCGCGACGGUACGUGCACUUGUCUGCCCGAGUAUCGCGGCGACCCUUAUUACGGAUGCCGUCCAGAGUGCGUCCAGAACCCAGAUUGCCCGCUAGACAAGGCUUGCAAUCGCAACAAGUGCUUCGACCCGUGCGUCGGCGUCUGUGGCCAGAACGCCGAGUGCGUGGUGAUAAAUCACACUCCCAUGUGCAAUUGUCCGGACGGAAUGUCGGGCAACGCGUUCGCCACGUGCUUCCCGGUGAAAGACCCCGUGCUAGUGCAACCCUGCGAUCCAUCGCCCUGCGGACCCAAUAGCAGAUGCCAAGACUUUAGCGGACAAGCGGUUUGCUCGUGCGCGCCAGGUUACAUUGGAAAUCCUCCCGCCUGUCGACCAGAAUGCAUAGUUAACAGCGAUUGCCCGUUGAACGAAGCCUGCGUGAACCUGAAGUGUAGAGACCCGUGUCCUGGAUCCUGCGGCGUGUCAGCCCGCUGCCAAGUGAUCAAUCACAAUCCCAUUUGCAGCUGUCCUCCGGUAUUCACCGGUGAUCCAUUCGUGCGGUGCUUAGUUAGACCGGAGGAGCCCAUGCCACCGACAAACCCGUGCCAACCGUCACCCUGUGGUCCCAACGCAGUUUGUCAAGUGAUCGGUAACCAACCGUCGUGCUCUUGCAGAGCAGAGUUCAUCGGAACGCCUCCGAAUUGCAGGCCGGAAUGUAUCAGUAACAGCGAGUGCAGUAGCCACUUGGCUUGCAUAAAUCGCAAGUGCAAAGAUCCCUGUCCAGGUUCCUGCGGCGCUAACGCGGAGUGUCACGUUCUAAACCACGUUCCAUCGUGCGCUUGCAUGAGAGACUACACUGGCGAUCCGUUCGUUCAGUGCUCCGCCAAGCUACCGGCACCAGGGGUUCCAACGCGACCUUGUCAACCGUCCCCCUGCGGAGCUAACACCAUUUGUCGAGAACAGAAUGGCAUCGGCUCUUGCUACUGCUUGACCGAAUACGUCGGCAAUCCUUACGAAGGAUGUCGACCAGAAUGUACCAUUCCAUCGGACUGUCCCUCGAAUUUGGCUUGUAUCAAUCUCAAGUGUCAGAAUCCUUGUCCCGGUUCUUGCGGAGCGAACACGAACUGCCAGGUUGUGAACAACUCGCCCGUGUGCUCUUGUAUGCCGCAAUACUCCGGUGAUCCUUACGUCGGUUGCGCAUACAAGAUGCCAUCCAUCGAAGAAGACGAGCCUGACGUGUGCAGGCCGUCGCCUUGCGGUCCGAAUAGUCAGUGUCAGAACGUGAACGGUCAAGCUGCGUGCUCCUGCUUGCCCCAGUACGUAGGAACCCCGCCUAACUGUAGACCCGAGUGCCUGGUGAACACCGAGUGCAACUCGAAUCUCGCGUGCGUCAAUCAAAAGUGCAGAGAUCCCUGCCUCGGCACCUGCGGUCGCAACGCCCAGUGCAAAGUCAUCCACCAUAGUCCGAUCUGCAGCUGUGGCAGCGGUUUAACAGGGGACCCGUUCGUUUUCUGUUUCCAAACUCCAAUAGCCCAACCAGUCGACAAAUAUCCGAGAGACCCGUGCGUUCCAUCCCCUUGCGGUCCAAACGCAAUGUGCAAACCGCUAGGCGACACACCAGCCUGCACGUGCAUGAACAACUACAUCGGCGUACCUCCCAACUGCCGACCAGAGUGCUCCAUGAACUCGGAUUGCACAGCCAAUAGGGCUUGCAUUCGAGAGAAGUGCCGAGACCCGUGUCCAGGAUCCUGCGGCAUCGGUACACGUUGCACGGUCGUGAACCACACGCCAUCCUGCACGUGUCCCUCGGGAUACACCGGCGACCCUUUCACCAGUUGCUCGCCCAUUCCACCACCCGGCAUGAUGGAUGUCCCGACAGACCGAUGCAACCCAUCGCCAUGCGGGCCAAACGCACAGUGCGACGACGGUAUUUGCACGUGUAUACGCGAUUACUUGGGCGAUCCUUACAGCAUGUGUCGGCCAGAAUGCGUGAUUAACACAGAUUGUCCCCGAAACGAGGCUUGCAUACUCCAUAAGUGCAGGGAUCCAUGCGCGGGAACGUGUGGAACGAACGCGGACUGUAACGUCGUCAAUCACUUGCCUAUGUGCAGUUGUCCAAGAAACAUGACGGGCAACGCGUUCGUAUCAUGCAACCCUCUGAAAGACACGAGCGUCCUCGACCCUUGCAAUCCAUCCCCGUGCGGCCCGAACAGUCACUGCCGCUCCUCGAACGGCCAAGCGGUUUGCACCUGUGUCUCUGGAUUCAAGGGAUCGCCGCCUUCCUGCAGGCCGGAGUGCGUCGUUAGCACAGACUGUUCACGCGACAGGGCUUGCAGCAACCAGAAAUGCAUCGAUCCUUGUCUCGGUGCUUGUGGACUUUCGGCACAGUGCACCGUCGUCAAUCACAAUCCUGUGUGCAGGUGUUUCGACCAGUACAUAGGCGAUCCGUUCGUCCAGUGCACACCACCUAGCAGAGUACCAGACGUUCCCGUGAAUCCUUGUCAGCCAUCAGCCUGCGGUCCGAACGCCGCGUGUCGAGUGAUCAAUAACGCGCCCUCGUGUUCGUGCCUCCCUGAAUUCAUGGGAAUCCCGCCAAACUGCAAACCCGAAUGCGUGAGCAACAGCGAGUGCCCGACGCAACAGGCUUGCAUCAAUCAGAAGUGUAGAGACCCUUGCCCUGGUUCGUGUGGCGGUAACACCGAAUGCAGGACAGUUAGUCACACUCCCAUGUGCACUUGCGCCAGUGGUUACACCGGAGAUCCAUUCGUGCAAUGCACGCUUCAGCCAAUACAAGAUAUACCAACCAGACUGAAUCCGUGCCAACCAUCUCCCUGCGGAGCGAACGCCGUGUGCCGCGAGUCCUACGGCUCAGCCCUUUGCACCUGCUUGCCCGACUUUUACGGGAACCCGUACGAAAACUGCCGACCCGAGUGUCUCAUCGAUUCCGACUGCUCGUUCAAUCGGGCUUGUAUACGAACCAAAUGUCAAGAUCCGUGUCCAGGAGCGUGCGGAUUCAACGCCGAAUGUCAGGUUGUCAAUCACAUCCCUACUUGCAGCUGUAGAUCAGGUUACACCGGUAAUCCGUUCCGAUCUUGCGCUGCCCUGGAGCCUUUCGAUCCAAGCGUUACCAACCCCUGCGUUCCGUCGCCCUGCGGACCCAACAGUCGUUGUCAGGACAUCGGCGGUCAAGCCAGCUGUUCCUGCUUGCCCAACUUCCGAGGAACCCCGCCCAACUGCAGACCAGAGUGCGUCGUUAGCACGGAAUGUCCCAGCAACCAAGCUUGCGUGGGUCAAAAAUGCGUCGACCCUUGCCCUGGCGUGUGCGGCGUGAACGCUAGAUGCGAAGUCUUCCACCACAGUCCCAUAUGUAGCUGCGGCGCGAGUCAGACGGGAGAUCCGUUCGUAAAAUGCUUCGCGAUGACACCGCAAGUUCCUGUAAAUCCGUGCGUGCCGUCGCCUUGCGGACCGUUCUCGCAAUGUCGGGACAUAGGGGGCAUCCCCUCCUGUACCUGUUUACCGAAUUACGUCGGCUCGGCCCCGAACUGUCGCCCCGAAUGUUCGAUCAACACCGACUGCACCAGCGACAAGGCUUGCAUCAGGGAAAAGUGCAGAGACCCGUGUCCAGGCUCUUGCGGAGCGAACGCGUUGUGCGAUGUCAUUAACCACACGCCGGCUUGCACUUGUCCCAGCGACUUUACAGGGGAUCCGUUUACCAGCUGCCAACCGAAUCCACCAAUUCUCCCCCCAGCGCCAGCACACCCGUGCAACCCGUCACCCUGUGGACCAAACGCGCUAUGCCAAAACGGAGCGUGUAGCUGCAUAAGCGAGUACCGUGGCGAUCCCUACGAAGGAUGCAACCCAGAGUGCGUGCAAAACUCCGACUGUACCCGCGACAAAGCCUGCUCCAACAACAAAUGCGUGGACCCCUGCGCCGGUGUCUGCGGUCAGAACGCCGAGUGCGUGGUCGUGAACCAUAUACCCACUUGCAGUUGCAUCGAAAAUCACGAAGGGGAUUCGUUCACCUUCUGCAGACCGAUCCAAAAGCGCGUGAAACCCUGCGAGCCCACGCCCUGCGGACCCAACAGCGUUUGCCGUGAAUUCGGCGAGCAAGCCUCCUGUUCCUGCCUCCCCGGAUACUUCGGAGCUCCUCCCAGCUGCAGGCCCGAGUGUCUCGUGAACACCGACUGCGAGCAGAGCAGAGCUUGCGUGAACGAGAGAUGCCGGAACCCGUGCGAGAACUCGUGCGGUCAGGGCGCUUUAUGCGCGGUACGAAAUCACAACCCCAUUUGCAGCUGUCCCGCCCAGUAUUCCGGCGAUCCGUUUAUCAGCUGCUUCCCCAUAAAACCCAAUGACGUCGCACCCAGCCUGGACCCGUGCAAUACCGCGCAGUGUGGACCGAACUCCCAGUGCACCGUGUCACCCAACAAUAAACCUUCCUGCAGCUGCUUGCCCGAGUUCGUAGGGUCACCUCCCAACUGUAGACCCGAAUGCCUCGUGAGCAGCGAGUGCCCUGGAAACCAAGCGUGCAUUAAGCAGAAGUGUAGCGAUCCCUGUGUAGGACUAUGCGGCCCUAACGCGCUCUGCCAAGUCGCCAUGCAUUACAUCCGUUGCGUCUGUCCCGAAGGAUAUACCGGGGACCCGGUCACAGUUUGUUCCCCGAUAACGACGACUCCUGCGCCACCGACGCCAUCGAGACCUUGCAACCCUUCACCCUGCGGCAGCAACGCUUACUGUCGGGAAAGGUACAACACCGCGUUCUGCGAGUGCCUGCCUGAUUACAGAGGAAACGCGUACGACGGCUGCGUUCCGGAGUGUCUGGCGAACACCGACUGUCCGAAGUCUCAAGCCUGCAUCAAGACCAAGUGUCAGGAUCCUUGCUCUGGAACGUGCGGCGUCGGAGCCAACUGUUUCGUGUCGAAUCACAUUCCCAUUUGCUCUUGCCCGGCCCCAACAAUUGGGGACGCGUUCACCAUUUGUCGAGCUGAAGAACCGAGAGAAAAAGAUCCGUGCUCUCCCUCUCCUUGCGGUCCAAACACCCUCUGCGAGAAGAUCGGUAACACAGCCGUUUGCAAGUGUCUGCCUGGUCUUCAAGGAGUAGCCUCGAGCGUCACAGGCUGUCGUCCAGAAUGCGUCAUCAGCUCCGACUGUCCAGGGGACAAAGCUUGUAUAAACAACAGAUGCAUCAAUCCUUGCACCCAGAACGUCUGUGGAAUCAAGGCGGUCUGCCAAGCGAUCAAUCACAGUCCUCUUUGCAGCUGCCCACCCCCGUUGAUCGGCAAUCCGUUCGAAGAAUGCACCAGCAAAUUCGAAACCGAUCCCUGCAGUCCGUCUCCGUGCAGUUACAACGGCGAGUGCAAAGUCAGAAACGGCGUCGCGGUGUGCAUCUAUCCAGAGUGCGUCAUCAACACCGACUGUCCACGCGACAAAGCCUGUUUCGCUCAAAAGUGCAAGGACCCCUGCAUCGACGCCUGCGGCAUCAAUUCUCUUUGUCAAACGGUUAACCACAAGCCUGUCUGCUCCUGCCCAGCUGGUUUCACUGGGAACGCCAGGAUACAAUGCGUCGUUCCACCAGCCGAUGUUCCGGCGCCAGAGUGCAGGCAAAAUUCCGAAUGCCCCAACGACAAGGCCUGUUACAACCAGAGGUGCGUGGAUCCUUGCACGUUGGACUCCUGCGGCUACAACAGCCGCUGCCAAGUGCUGCUCCAUCGAGCUGUGUGCGUCUGCAACGAAGGUUUCACCGGAAAUGCUCAGCAAUAUUGUAGCAAGAUUGGGUGUCGCGGGGACGGCGAAUGCCCGUUGACUCAAUCUUGCAUCAACAACGAGUGCAUCGACGCCUGUUUGGUGACUCAAUGCGGCACCAACGCGCUUUGCGCGUCGGACGGGUAUCACAGACCGCGAUGCUACUGUCCCGAGGGAUACCAGGGCAAUCCGUACCAAAUCUGCGAGAGACCGGAAUGUAACAACGACGACGAUUGUCCGGCUUCGUUAGCGUGUCGAGAUCAGAGAUGCGUGAACCCUUGCAACUGCCCGAUAUCCGCGCAAUGUUCCGUCGUCUACCAUCGUCCUACGUGUCGAUGCCCGCCAGGUUACACUGGCGAUCCUUACGCGUCGUGUCUGAUGGAACCGAUAGAGCCGCAACCCGAAUGCCAAGUGGACGGAGACUGUCCCAGUAAAUUGGGCUGCUUCGGUGGAAUCUGUAAAGAUCCCUGCGUCGAAACGAAACCCUGCAUCGCUGGCGCGAGAUGCUCCGUCGUGGAUACCUUGCCGAUGAGGACGAUGAUCUGCGAGUGCUUGCCAAAUUUCGCUGGCGACGCAACCAUCGCUUGCAUCCCAGUGGACAAACAACUCGACGCGAUCUGUCAAUCCGACUCCGAGUGCGCUUUGAACACGGCCUGCUUGCACCAACGGUGCAUCAACCCUUGCGUCAUCAGCCCGUGUGCAUCGAAUGCAGAAUGCGCGGUGGAGAAUCACCGUCGCCAGUGUCACUGUAAUACAGGAUUCUCCGGCGAUCCGUUCAUGAACUGCUACAGAGGCACCGACGGAUUCCCUGACUGCACGACGAAUUCCGACUGUUCGUCCAACGCGGCCUGCAUAAAUCAGCUGUGCCAGGAUCCGUGCCUGGGCUCGCAGUGUGGAUUAAACGCGGAGUGCGUCACGACGAACCACCAUCCGACGUGUCACUGUCAACAGAACUUCGCGGGUGAUCCUCAACUGCAGUGCUUCAAACCUGAAUGCAAGUCAGACAGCGACUGUCCCUACGACAAAACGUGCCAGAACAGCAACUGCGUUACUCCGUGUCUGGUCGACGACAUUGCAUGCGGUCGUGGCGCGGAGUGCGUCGCAGUCUCGCACAGAGCGCAAUGCAUCUGUCCGCGAGGUACCCAGGGUGACCCGCGAAUAGCUUGCAUCUCGGCGGUGUGUCACUACAACGAGGACUGUGCCGAUCACGAGGCCUGCGACAGACUGAAUAGAGUCUGUAGACCUGUUUGCGACGACGAGGUCUGUGCGGACACAGCCAAAUGCGUCGCCAGGGACCAUCAGCCUAGAUGCAUUUGUCCCGCAGGAACCUCUGGCAAUCCGUACAUCGAAUGCACCGGUGUCUCCAUCGAACCGGGAUGCAGGGAAGACGGCGAGUGUCCGUCGUAUCUGGCCUGCAUCAACGCCAAGUGUCAAGAUCCUUGCCUGUCCGCGAACAUGUGCACCGGCGAUCAGGAAUGCAAAGUGUUGAACACCGUGCCUCUUCGUACGAUGAUCUGCAGUUGCCCUCCUAACACAAUCACCGACGUAAAUGGACAAUGCAGGAUUAUUGAAUCACCGAACGUUCAGUGUCAUCAAGAUGAUGACUGCAGUAAUUCGGAGAAGUGCAUCAGCGGAACUUGCAUCGAGGCUUGCCUCGCCAUUCAGUGUGGGCUGAACGCUCAAUGCAAAUCCACGUCUCACACAGGAAUCUGUCAGUGCGCGCCGGAUUUCACUGGCAACGCCUACCUGGAGUGCGUCAGAAGUCCCGUCACACCGCUGCCACCGAUACGUCCAGAGUGUUACACCAACAGCGAGUGCUCCGGCGACAGACAGUGCUUAAACUCUUUCUGCGUGAAUCCGUGCGUCGUCGCCGAUCCUUGCGGAAGAAACGCCCUCUGUUACGUGAACAACCACGUGCCGAUCUGCAGGUGCCCCGUCAACUACGAGGGCGACGCCAGAAUCAAUUGCAUACCGCCGAGCAUCGUGGCAGAGUGUCAGUCGAACAGCGACUGCGCGGGGAAUGCUGCCUGUGUCAACAGCUUGUGCAUCAAUCCCUGCAAUUGCGGUCCAAACGCGAACUGCAACGUCGCGGAUCACUAUCCAUCUUGCGUGUGUCCGCCUGGAUAUUCCGGGAACCCUCAACUCGGUUGCUUCAAACUGGAUUGCGAAUCGGACAGCGAGUGCAACGACGCAGCCACGUGUUACAACGGCCAGUGCGUGAAUCCUUGCAUCCUCGAGAACAAGUGCGCUAUCAACGGUGAAUGCUACGGCCAAAACCACCGAGCAGUUUGUCGUUGCGGUCCCGGCUACCUAGGCAAUCCCGAGGUCCAUUGCGAGAGGAUCGAGUGCAGCACCGAUCACGAUUGUCCUCGAAACUUGGCCUGCGACAGCGGACGCUGCGUGAAUCCAUGCAUAGGGGACUCCCCUUGCGCGCAGAACGCCAUUUGCUACGUCCAGGAUCACCUCGCCACCUGUCGUUGUCCAGAUAACCUGCCGAUCGGAAACCCGUACUCUUACUGCGAGCAUCGUCCUACGACGGAGCUCGACGAACCAGAAUGCAGAAUCGACAUCGACUGCGCCGACAAACUAGUGUGCAUCAAGAACAGAUGCAUCGAUCCGUGCCCUGUGAUCAAACCCUGUCCGGAGAACGCUCGGUGCAACGUACUCGACACCGUCCCUGUUAGAACGAUGACGUGCACUUGUCCCGAAGGCUGGACCACCGACGUCGACGGUGUCUGUAGACCAAUUCAAAUAACCACCAUCGGUACCUGCACCACGAACGACGAGUGCGGAGACAGCGAGGCCUGCGUCAACAGACAGUGCAGGAACCCCUGCAACUGCGGCACCAACGCCGUCUGCCGCGUGAGGAACCACAAGCCCGUCUGUUCCUGCGACGAAGGCUAUCAGGGUAAUCCAGACAUCGUCUGCCACUCCGUGGAGUGCAGAUCGGACAGCGACUGUACCCUGGACAAGACCUGCGUUGGCCACCACUGCGUGGAUCCUUGUCUGGUGUCCGACACUUGCGGCGUGAACGCCGAAUGCUUCCCCAAUAACCAUAAGGCCGACUGCCGUUGCCGCAAGGGCUACCACGGAAACGCUUUGGACCGUUGCAGAGUGAUCGGUUGUUACAGCAACGGAGACUGUCCCGGCGAUCACUCCUGCAUCAAUCUGCAGUGCGUGGACGCGUGCGUCCACAGCAACCCUUGUUCGCCACUGGCCGAGUGCCGAGUCUUCAACCAUCUCCCCAUAUGUCGUUGCCCAGCCCAACACACGGGCAAUCCUUACGUAAACUGCAAGCCAGAGGACAGACCGGAGUGCAAAGAGGACGGCGAUUGUCCAGAUACCCUGGCCUGCUUGAACAACAAGUGCCAGAAUCCUUGCACCGCCAUCGAGCCGUGCACCGAACCGUCCGAGUGCAGGGUCUUACCAACUUACCCUGUUCGCACCAUGGUCUGCGUGUGCCCAAGCGGCUACGUGAGCAGCGGCAGCGGAACCUGUCGAGCCACCAAACCGAUCCUCCCCAUCGAAUGCACCAGAGACAACGACUGCCCUUCGGAGAAGUCGUGCGUGAACGCCGUGUGCAAGAAUCCUUGCGCCUGUGGACCUAACUCGGAGUGCACCGUCGCCGAUCACAAGCCAAUUUGCUCCUGCGAACUGGGUUACGACGGAAAUCCCGACGUGGCGUGCACCAAAGUUGUCGGAUGUCGCACCGAUGGCGAUUGCAGCGGAUCGCACGCCUGUGUACAACACAGCUGCGUUCCUGUGUGCUCGCAAUCGCCGCCAACCUGCGGCAAGAACGCCGAGUGUCACGGUAUCAACCACAAAGCCAUCUGCGAGUGUCCACCCGGGCUCGGAGGGAACCCGAGAGUCGGUUGCACUCUCCUCGGCUGCAGAACCAACUCGGAUUGUCCCACGAACAAGGCCUGCAUCAACAGCCGCUGCGAGAAUCCGUGCACGGUGAAUCCUUGCACUGGUAACCUGGAUUGCAACGUUUACAACCACGUGGUCGAGUGCGCUUGUCCUCCUGGUUACAUCGGCGACGCUAACUCGGGAUGUACCAAACUCACAGAGAAGUGUAAAGCAGACAACGAGUGUCCAUCUCAGACCGCCUGCUUCAACGGCGAGUGCAUCAAUCCAUGCGUGAAGAUCGAGCCUUGCGGAGUGAACGCGGACUGCAAGGUUCUAGACACGAGCCCUGUGAGGACCAUGAUCUGCGAGUGCAUCCCUGGUUACAGAGGAAACGCGGUCGUCCGCUGCGAAAAGACCGACGUCUGUCCGGUAGAGAAAGGCCAAGUCCGCGACGAGACCGGUAACUGCGUCUGUCUACCCGGUUCGGCUAAGGACGAGAACGACAUUUGCAUACCCUGUCGCAAACAGGCUGGAAUGGUCGUCAACGAAGAAGGAUACUGCGUGUGCGCUUUGGAAAAUGGCAUGAUCAUCGACGAGUACGGUCGUUGCGUGUGUCCAACGGAACACGGGUAUAGACUGGACGCCAAUGGAUAUUGUAAAUUAGUCGACAUCAUCGAAUGCAGAACCGACGACGACUGCGCUGAUAACAGACACUGCGACCCGACCAGCCGAACCUGCGAAGAUCCUUGCCUGGCGCAACUGUGCGGCGUGAAUGCUCUCUGCAAUGCCACCCGUCAUCAAGCUGUAUGCACGUGCAUCAGCGGCUACAGCGGAAACGCUUACAAUCAGUGUCACAACAUAAACCGAGGGCGUACCGACUUCCCCAGACCGGACAUAAUCGUCAGCUGCUUGUCGGACGGGGUACAGGUUCUGAUACACCUUCUGGACGACGAAUUCGACGGCGUCUUGUACGUCAAAGGUCGCAGCAAAGACGAACAGUGCAGACGAGUCGUUUCCAUUUCUUCGGAAACCAUGCACAAGACCGAAAUAUUCAAGGUGGCGUUUGGAAAUUGCGGACUGAUACACGUAAACGGACAAGCCAGCUUUGUACUGGUUAUACAAAAGCAUCCUAAAUUGAUGACGUACAAGGCACAAGCCUAUCACAUAAAAUGCAUAUACCAAACCGGUGAACAGAACGUCACGCUCGGAUUUAAUAUCUCUAUGCUGACAACUACUGGUACCAUUGCAAACACCGGUCCACCGCCGAUCUGCUUGAUGAAAAUCGUCACCCAGAGCGGAAACGAGAUCAACUCCGCCGAAAUUGGGGAUAAUCUGAUGCUGCAAGUCGAAGUCCAACCUUCCAGUAUUUACGGUGGAUUCGCUCGAAAUUGCGUUGCCAAGACGAUGGAGGACAACCUGGAGAACGAGUACAUCGUAACGGAUGAGAACGGAUGCGCGACAGACCCAACGAUAUUUGGCGAGUGGGAGCAGAAUCCUGAAACGCAGGCGUUGAUGGCCAGCUUCAACGCGUUCAAGUUCCCAAGUAGCGAUAAUAUUCGAUUCCAGUGCAAUAUCCGCGUUUGCUUUGGACGUUGUCAACCCGUGAAUUGCCGAGGAUACAACGCGUUUGGUCGCCGUAGACGAGACGUGGAGUCCGAAGUAAACGACACGUCUUUGAGCAUCGCGGACAACUUUGAGGGACAACUUAGAGAAGAAAUAACCAUUCAGUCGAAUCUGAUAUUCACUCUGGACGGAAGAGAAGAAAGGCAUCCAGGGAACGCACCAGAAACUUCGGCGCAAAGAGUGGAGGACAUAUGUGUUUCUAUGGUCGGCUUUGUGAUAGCAUUAGUAAUUACAGCACUCCUGGCACUAGUCGCUGUAGCUAUUGCUGUAUCAUGCUGGCUAAUGGCGUAUCGUCGCCAGCCAAAGACUGCUGGACCACUGCCACAUCCACCAGAGUUCCCAAAUCCGCUGUUCACUACUGAAUCUGUAGCUGAACCAUCUCCUGAUUAUCACCUAUCAUAAGUCUUCUAGGAUAAUUAUUAUUUUAUAACGUAAUUUUAUAAUGGUCAAUUGGAACGCAUUUCUGACCACAUCUCCUGGUGGUCGGUUUUGUAUUUCUAUGAACGACUCCUCCAAUGACUAGCCCUCCGUACUUUCCUCCCAAGGGUUCACAAUAACCGCGUCAUAUGUUCACUGUUAUAUAUUAUAUAUAUGUAUGCGAGUAUCCUAAAUCACGAUAUAUAUAUAAUAUAUAUAUAAAGAUAUAUCUACUAUUUAUGGUGAUGGUUGCUUCCAUUAUCUAAACAUGAAAAAUUGUCCGGCAUACCUUUUUUCUUUCUGAACUAUCCCCAGUAUUUAGUCAUUGGAAGAUUCGUUGAGCGUAACACUGCGAAUGUAAUUCCCGUGUAAAGUCAAACGAAUUAGUCUAAUAUAGCUUUCUUACUUCGAAAGUAGGUAACUGUACAUUUUCUCUAAUAAAACGCUAAUGUAAUAUUUUUAAAAAAAUAUUUUUCACUGAUUCCCCGAAAGAAACACAUAACAAAAAAAAAAUGUACAUAUCGAAUUGAGUAACCUCCUCCUUUUUCGAAGUCGGUUAAAAAGAAACGUUCUACUAAGGUAAGUGUCGCACAUUAGAAAAUAUUUAUGCGUAUAUCUCUGCGUAGUGUAAAAUAAAGUCUCUGGUAAGCGUCAGUCUGUUGAAAUUGUAUUCUCAACAGGCAAGUUAAGGUGAUUGAAGUUGACCUAAGCG